UUCAAAUCGGCUCUGGAUGUUGACUGGUAAAAUUUUCCUAUGAGCUUCAUACAUAAUCUGCAACAUAGUUAAAUGUACUAACACAUUGAAUUUAAACAACUGCAAUUUAACAAUGUUAAACUCUCAGAUAGUAGGUAGUGUGAGUGGAAGGAAAAAAUCUCAAACAAGAUGUGAAUUCUCAAAAAUAAGGAGAAAAUUUAAUCGGCCACACCAAAAUAAGACAAUAAAAUGUCAAUUAAUUAAAUGCUUUGCAAAAAUAUCCCCCCCAGAGGAAGAAAAAUGAAAUAUUAGUCCAACAUAAGUCCAACAAAACUGGCUCUCCUCACAUCUCAUGUGCCACACAUCUCCCAGACUGCUGAUCACACUCAGCCCAUAUGCCCUGCUACCUGCAGACUUCAGGUGUGUCCCCUCUCACCUGCAAACAGUCUAAGUGAGAGAAGCUGCAGCGAUCACAAAAAGAAAACAGAUCUGAAAUCAGAAUUCCCCAAAGGACAGAAAAAAUACACACACCCCAUAUUUAGAGGGAACUGUGAACACCAUAUACAUUUAAUAUAUGCCUUAAACCAAUAUUGUUUGGGUGCUAGAAGAAUGCGUACCUUCUUUAAGCCUUCAUAAUAAUGGGUGAGGACUCUAUGGCUUCAUAACAAACAAAGUACUGGGUCUGAAGGAUCUCUGGCAUCAGUAGUUUUGGGACUUCUUGGAUUCAGUGUUCAGACAGUCUUGUGUGUUUGAGAGAUGGCCGUGAUAAAGGUGUCCUAUCACUGCACACCAUUCAUGUUUCUUUAGACUGCUGGAUGACGUGAGACUCAAUAAUGUGUGAUUUCAUUACUUGAGUUGAAAAAUAACACUGGUGGAUUUAUUAUGGUUGCGUUUCCUCCUCGCGCUCAGCGUCUUGCGUCCCCAGCUCUGAUUGGUCGACUUGCCGAAAGCUCCACAGCGCCACGCCGCUCCGGGAUCCUCUGGCGCAGAGAGAAAGCGCAGCUUGGCCGCCAGCGAGCAGUGAGCCAGGCUGGGAGGGUUUGAUGAUGUGAUGUGAUCCAAUACGGGUGGCCGGCUGCAGCUACGGGCGGACUGGCACUUAUAUAGCGGCUGUCGACGUUGGCCCUGCUCUUUACUCUGACUGUGUUCAAGUGUGUCGUCGUCGUGGGAGCGGAGGCGCAGAAGCCCGGAGGCUGACCGAAGCGGUGAGUGGAUGUAAAUAGAUGCUCUUCGAUGGGAUGCGCUCCCCUCCCAGUGCGGCUCUGGUGAUGGAGCUGGAUGCUGAAGAUUUACUGCGUUUCUCAUAUCGACAGCUUUGCUCUCGCAAUAUUGGCAACUCCACCUCUGCGUCCUCGGUGAUAUGCUAGAUUAAAAGAUGGUCUCCUGCUGUUUUUCCCAAUGAGGGAGUUUAUUGAGGUGACAGCAGCAAACGAGGGGCGAGGGUACUCCACCCAUGACAUCAUCCACUUUUUCAAGUUCAUUUUCUCUCCUGCAUUCAUCUGUUGCAUUUCCUUUCCCAAGAGUGGGUGCAGCUCAGUUUUUGGGGAAGGGGGGCUUGAUUUUACUGAGAUCAAGUUGAUAAAGGAUGGUAACAUCAGCCCCAAUUUAACAGACCAUGAAUAUUUUUAUAGUUUAAUACUGAUUUAGAAGAUUUGAUCUCUCUAGAAAUGGUGACCUUCUGGUUUGCAGACAGUAUCCUUUUACAGAGAAGUACCCGGGUUUGACACCUUGGUGUGAACACUGUUUUCUUGCUGUUGUUUUGGGUUUGCAUGUAUGUAAAUCUCCAGGAGAGGACAUUAAUAACACCAUCUUCCCAAAUUAAUAACAGGAAAGAGGACGAAAUAGUGCAAAAAUGAUGAGUUGUCUGAAACAAAACUUUGAAAUAGGAAUUUAACUUCCUCGCCAUCUUGUGAGAGGCCGCAGUGUCCUGUGCAUCUCAUGAAUGACCUCUGCUGUUAAAGAGCACAACAGAUUUAUUGAGGACCAACAGUAUAACCACCUCUGUGUAUUCACUGUGCCCCACUGUCCUGCAAAAUGCUGUGUCAUUCCCUCCACUUUCUCCCUCUAAUAACCAGGCCUUCUCCUCCCCAGCCCCCUUCACAUCCUCUCUCUCAGGCCUGUGAUGUUUAACUAAUGGAGGUCUGCAGUGUUGUGAAAGGGGGGUGAAAGUAAAGACCAUCUCUGUGCAUAUGAUCCAUAUUCUCUGCAGCUGAUGGGAGUAAUUUGUAGAUAAAAUGAUGCUUUCAUAUUACUCAUUUUGAGUUUCAGUUUUUUAUCAGGAUGUGUAAUUCAUCCUCUGAGUCAUGCCUCUUAUUUGCUGUUUUUCUGCUUCAUGACACUUUUUUCCAUCUACUGAAAAGCCUGAACAUCAUCUUAUUUUGAAAGGUUUCAGAAAAUUAAAUGUCGCCUUAUAUGCUAAUCAAAUAAUUUGUUCAUCAGCUUAAAAAACUGGAUUUACAAGGUUUUUAAGACCCAAAUGAUAAGUGUCGCUGAUUGAGAAAAGCUGAUGAGGCCACAUUGUUCUCUGCAGGUAGUUUGUACCUGUUGACUGUGCUUUUGUGUCUGUAUCACAGGCCUGGAGUGUGAGUGCAGAUUCAGCACAAACAGGUUGUUGUGGCCAUCUGGCUCCAUGACAGAAAGACAACAAGACAGCCACCCAGGGAGAGAGAGGGGAGGAGGGGUGGAUAGGGGACCCGCAUGAACAAAGUGCACUGCCCGGGGAUUUUUAUGUCUCCAAAGUAUUGCUUCUGUCUUUUCCCAGGGUCUUGUCAGGCUUUAAGAUCUGCUGCGUUUGUAUUUUCCAUGUUUCUGAAAAAGGUGGUGAUGACUGCAGCAUUGUUUGAAGUGUGUGUAUGUAUGUGUGUGUGCGUUUGUUUGUUGUUUUUCAACUGGAUAUUUUUACAUUAAUGCUGUCAUACCCGGAUCUUUCUUUGCCAGCUUCUUUUCUUCCAGAAACAGAGGUGACAUGUGCGCUGUUUUUAAAUCAUAUAGCGACUCUCUGCCUCUGUCUUUGUUUCCAUCCAUCAGUCUGUUUCCAGCAUCACAGGGCAGAUCCACCCAGAGAUGAAAGAAACACAGCAAGCUAGUUAGCUCUAUCUAUCUGUUGGCUUACUGCUCAGCCUCAGCUUUGCAUGUCAGUCCUGGAUGAAUACAUUGAGGUUGUGACUCACUCCCAAUAUAAUGCAAAUGUAAUUUAUCUGAACGACUUUGAUGACGCCUUAUGUGUAAAAGCGGUGUGAGGCUAGGGAAUGAUCAGCACCAGGGGGUGUUAACUGAGACCUGAAAGCAAGAGGUUUGACCGGGUUUGUGUUCAGUUAUAAAAUCAGAGAAAUGCAGAUGAGCAGAGCAGAACAGAGUGUCUCAGCCUGAUGAUGUGAUCCACCAACGAUGAUGUCAGAUACACACAAAGAAGAAAAGAAAACAUCAUAUUUUUAAAGAAGUGAAAUAAAGCACUGCUGUAUACCACAUUAUUUCAUAUUAUGCUUUAUGAAAAUAAUGUUUCUGAAAUGAGGAAUAAAAUCAGAAAAGAGGAAAGGUUUUUAAAUAUCUUUCUAACUCAGUUAUCGACCAUUAAACAGCCUCAAAGACAAGAAGGCAUUCAAUAAAAGAAUAUUUGUAACCACUAAAAAUAUCAGGAACAUGUUGUACCCUGGCUGUCUCGGGUGAACUCAAGCGAAACUUCACCCACAAACUUAGGUAAAAACCCAACAACAUUUUUGUUGUGAUCAUCAUCAUCAUCAUCAGGCAUAAUAUCACUCAAUGAAUUUAUUGUAAAAAAAAAAAAAGACUGUAUUCAGAUUUGAUCUCCAGAAAUGUAAUGUAUUACUAAAAUCAAUUAAACUACAGAGGUCCAGAUGGAGUAGCAGGACUAUAUGUUCAAUGAAAUUAGCUCAUGACAGAUAGUCUUCUUUAACAUCUGGGGGCAGUUAUACAAAAGUGUUGUACAGAUGCUGAAGUCCUUUGGCAUUGAGCUCCUUUAGAGUAUUCCUGCUACCUUCUGCUUACUUCAGUAGUUUUUUUCCAUCAUCAAAAAGAAAUAUUAGCAUGUAAACAGCAUAUGCACAUGACAUAUGACAGGGUAAAGUUACUAUUUAUAUAAGCAUGCUGCAUCCAAAAUUGUGAAGCAUCAAUAACAUGCUUCUAACAGUGUUACUGUUAAGAGAAAGAAGUAAUGUUGCGUUCGAGUUGCCUCGGAAGUCAGAUGUCCGAGCUGGGACUGACGUCACACCCGAGUUACCAACGUUUCAGUUACCAAGUCAGAAAAAAGCAGAAUCGGAGGUGGAGACAAGGCGGCUACAUCUACAAAAGUUAUUUUAGCGCCUGCUUGUCCUUGCUUAUUUUAGGACAAGGCAAGCGCUUAAGUAACUUUCGUAGAUGUAGCCAUCUUGUUUCCACCUCUGAUUCUGCUUUCUUCCGACUUGGUAACUGAAACAUCGGUAACUCAGGUGUGAUGUCAUUCCCAGUUCGGACAUCUGACUUCCGAGGUAACUCGAAUGCACUCCAAGCAGGAAUCAGAACCCCAUACCAAAGACGUCGACUCGAGGACCCCAGUUGGUUACUUGCGCCAGUCUAUUGCUUUUUCAUUGUUAAUUAUUUGCCAAACGUACAUUACUUUAAGUGUUUCUGUCUUCUCCCUUCAGCUCCAUCACUGCAGAGUAUUCCCCGUCAGUCAUGAUGUCAGUGCAAACCCCACCUCUUUCUCGCUCUGGCUCCUCCCCCUCAAAUGUGGGUUUGGCCAAUCGCAGCGGCCCUUCUGCCACCCCUCCCACAUCCCUCAGCCUUCGCUCAUCGUACAACCAGCUGCUGGGACGCGAUGUCAUCAAGGAGUCCAUGGAGACAGGAAGUUCGGCCACCUUGCCAAAGAGCCGUCAGAGAUAUGCGAUGACCAGCGUGCGAAGCGCCAUGGGGAUCAGUGACAACCUCUCGAAAAACCAGCCUACCAGAGGGCGGGGUCUCCCCACCAAGUCCUCUUCCAGCUCCGCCCUCUACUCCUCAACUUCCUCAUCCUCCCUCUUCAACACAACUAACCCCAAACUGGCCAAGAAUGGAGCCAACAUGCAGAGACGAGCAGAGAGCCAGCAGCUCGAGCUGAGCAGGGCCAACACAGAGGGCAAGAUCCACAAUGAUGUCAUCAAUAACCCAAGCUCUGAUUGGCUGGACAACUCGCAGCUGCCCCCCUUUCGUAGAAGGACCAAAAGCUUUUUGGGGUACCACGAGAAAGGCUGGGAUCUGGACCUCACCUGGGGGAAGAAAGAGGAAAAGGAGGAGAUGAAGCAGCAACCACUCCCAGAGAAGGAGCAGGCCAGUCCUGACAAAGACAAGGAGAGCCAGAAGGAGGAGAAAUCCAUCAGUAAGCAGAGCUCUGAGGAGGGAAGAGAGGAGAAGGAAGAGGUGGAGCCAGUGGUAGAGGAGGAGGAAGAAGAGGACGACCCCACACCAACACCAAGGCAGCCCCUACUACCUGUGGUGAUGGAGGCCCCUCUCUCCUCCACUUCCUCCUCCUCUUCUACUUCAAAUAGCCCAGAGUGGGUCCCAGACAACCAGAACCAGGUUCCAGCCCAGAUAAAGGAGGAGCUCUGUGUCCCAGCCGUGGCAAGUCCACGCAGUCCUGCAAAGCCUCCACGUAGCUCCCAGCCCAGGGUGAUCAAGGUGGAACUACAUCCAAACAAUGAGAAUCAGUUCUUGCAGCAGUACCCACCUUCCUCCCCGAAACAGGCUCGAGCUGCAGAGAGGACCCCAACAAGGAACAAGGCAGCCCCUGCUGUGCCUGAUCCUGAACCAGACGUGGGGCUCCCUAAGGUGGGCCUGAGAAUGGACCUGACCCCUGACACUCCUUCAGAGGACGAAGACUCCAGCUGGACCACCCUGUCCCAGGAGACGCCCUCUCCUCAGACCCCACAGGAGACAGGUCAGACAAUCAUUUCUCUCAAAAACACUGUAUCUGCUCUGCUUUCAUCUCUUCUCCUUCUGCCUCUCUCUUCUAACUUCUUCAGACUGGCUUAUUUGGAAGAAUACCAAUAAACCUUUCCUUAAGCAAGCAAGUUGCCACAGCAAUACUGCUGUAAAGUUUAAGGCCCCUGUGAGGCACCUUAUGGUGCAGAGAGUGAAGAGGAUGAACGAAAGGAGAAGGUACUGCAGAAAGGGGUGUGAAAAAGAAAAAGGAGAGAGAAACCCGAGCUGUACUCAGUGAUCAGUGAUUCCCUAGAAUGUAUGACAAAGCAUUAGCUAGAGAGUGAGGAUAUGGAGAGAAAUGUGAGGAGGCAGACAAGGGAAAUAGGAACCAGGAGAGAGAGGAAGGUAGAGAAGCUGCUGUCUUACUACAGGGGAUAAGCCCUGGAGUUGCUAUGACAACGGACACCAAGAUAGGACAGGCUGACCAUCUCUAAAAUGUACCCUGUCCAUGCCUCUUUGUGUGUGAAGUCUUUUCUCUGCGCCUGUGACAUUACUGUUGAUGUUACUUCCUGUGUGUAUCAGCAUGUGUGUGUUUGUGUCUCACUCUCACUGUUCAGCAGAUAUUUGGAGUGAGGGGGAUCUGCCCCCUGGUUGGAGGGAGAUCUCAGACUCAUCAGAGGUCUACUUCUGGCAUGUCCCCACCGGCACCACACAGUACCACCGACCUGUUGCUGCUGGCAACCAAAGCACCUCUCCCAACGCUGAGCCAGACACCGAGCAAGACCCACAACAGGAAGCGCAGGACUCCUUGAAGCCUCCCAGUGAGGUGAGAGGACACACAAAACACACAAACAUCUCUAUCUGACUUACCACCUGUCAGCAAAGCUAUAUACUCUAUAUACAUCAAGAAUCUUACCCUUUAACAGCCAAAGGUGAUUCAUUUGACUCAGAUUAGGAAUUAGCUAAACUUAAAAUCAUCCACAUUUGGUUGCUCCAGCUGUGUGCACAGCAGUUCAGAUGAAGUGUUACUGUACUCAUGUCGUUGUGUCUCAGUGAGUUGAAAAGUGUCCCCACUCUGCAUUGGUGGGGCUAACACACACACACACACACACGAGCAGACAUCCUAAUGUUCAUUUUAGUUUGAAGCAGAGACGAGUGCUCUGAGAGGCAGUAGAGUUCGUCACAUUGAUGGUGUAGUUUCCAUAGAUCAGCUAAUCACACACAUGGAUGGUCCAAACUGAUUAUGGACCAAUUGUGCUCUAUUUUCUAUCUCUAUUUCAAUGUUUAUUUAAUAGGGACAAUACAUACAGUACUGCCACAAGAAAUGGAAAAUGUGAUGCAUACAAGACGUCUAGCUUCAGCUUAUUUGCAGUCUUUGUUCCUGGUCAGGCUUUAGUGUAGGAUAAAAUAUACUGAAUACUGUAAAUGCAAUAAUACAACUACAGUGGACAAUACAGAGAAUGACGAGGUGACACAAAUAAAUAAACAAAAUUUAGGUUAAACAAUUACACGAGUUAAAUUUAACACUUAACAUUAAUAAAGUGCUAUAUUGACAGUGACUUGAGAGAAGUUAAUGUUCACAUUUCUGCUGCUGCUUAAGCCAAUGUUUAGCUUUAACACUAAACCUCUUUAGUUCUGUUUGAGAUUCAUUUCUAACGGUAGAGAAUUCCAUAGGUGUGUACCGAUGGAAUUACAAUCAUCUGACUUGAAAAUCUGAGACACCGCUUGUUGCACCGGUAGAAAUUGUUCAAAGGUUUAAUGGUCAUCAGUCAAACUGGGGUGCUAUAAAAUCAUGACGUCUGUUUUGGAUCAAACAUUAAUUCUUUAAGGAUGACAGUUCAGUGUUGAGCGUAAGUGAUGAGGAUACCUUCACAUUGGCAAAAUCUGUAAGGAGGGCAUGUUUAAUCACAGUUAUUAGGGGGAAAUAUGAGAACAUAGGCAAUCUUAAAACAGCUAAUUCUCACAUUGUCAGCAAUGCUGCUUCAUGCCAACUACAAUCUCCAAAAUUUGCUUUCAUUACCUUUAAAAUAAUUGAAGAGGUGACACAUGACAAACUAAUUAUACAUUAUUAUCUGUGUCAUCUUAAUCCAUUAUGCUGGAAAGCUGUUUGUGAUGAAUAAUGUACCAUCCUCAUGCUGGCUCUGUGCUCUCCUUCCCACAGCGCCCCAGCAGUCUGAUAUCUGACAGUUCGGUUGAGCCAGUCCCCUCGCCCUCAGGCUCCUCCCCCUCCCCCUCUUCCUCCUCCACUCCCUCCAAUGAUGUCACCUCUUCUGGACCAAAUCUCAACAUUACCACCUGCACAGCCAACGUGAGUCACAGAAUCACAUUUAUUUGCGUUACGUGCCUGAUAAAAUACAGGUUGAGAAAUGUCAUUUGGUAUUAUCGGACUUUAUCAUUUAUUUUGGUGUUAGUGGGAAUUCCUCAAGUGUUCCUUAAAUUUCCACCUGCUCUACUUAAGUCUUAUUGACAUUGCCAAAUCAAGGGCAAAUAUUUGCUCCACUGUCGUCUGAUAACUAUCAUAACCUCAUAGCAUCAUCGGUCUCCUUUCUGGCCGCACUGAGGUACUUAUUUAACAUAGACUAAUAUCGCUCAUAUCUGUUCAAAAAUAAUAAAAAUCAAUGUCAACACUUUAAUUAUUGACUAUUUCUAAUGUAGGAAUACUCUUCUGGAUGUCUGUCUGUUUUAAUUCAGGAGCUGAGGGACUAUCCAGUCUACCCAGACCCCAGUCUGAAGGCAUUUGAAGGGGCGACCCUCCGCUAUGCUUCACUUAAACUCAAGUAAUGCACACACUACAACAGAUACAUAUGAUUGACUUAGUUUUCUGAGUUAUUUCAUUUGUUCUAUUAUGUUACAUUUAUGUACGAGUUGUAAAACAUGACAACAUAUCACUCUGACUGCUUUCUCUGAUGUUUUUGUGCAGCCCCUCAGCUCAGCUUGAGACGGUGGACCUCAAUAAUUCAGCCUGUGAUUCAGAGGAAAUGGUAAGGUUGUGAAAAUAUACUUGACUUGUAUUUAGUGCUGCAAUGUGACAACGUUUAUUGAUAAGGUUUGGUUGUGCAUUUUCAUUUCCAGCUACACUAGCCUGCCUCUACGUCUUAUUUUGGUGAAAUAUACCACACUUCAGAUACUUUAAAGAUAAUGAUUUUACAGACAAACUUUGUUUAAAUAGGUUAUAAUGAAUUUGAAAUUAGUUCAAAAGAUUGGUUGAUGUCAUUGAUUCAGUAGUGACUUUAAUUAUUCAGUCAUUUGGACUGGAAAUCAACAGAAACAGAAAAAUCUGUGUUUUCAUAUUAAGCUCUGUCUGUUUUUUGAUAUACAGGCUGAAAGUAGGAAACCAGCAGUUUAUUAUUUGGUAAUAGAAAAAGUUUUUAUAUGAUAUACAAAUUUCAGCACAUGCUUAAACUUAUGAUGUCUCUGAAUGAGGUACUUUAACUUUUGAUACUGUGAGUCCUUGUUUUCUGAUUACAGCCUCGUAUCUGCAUACAAAGACAUACAAAGAUGUCUUUCCUCUGCAGUAUUUUUUACUGUGUGGUGCUUUUUUAAGUAAAUUAUGGAUUUAUUUAUGCCUCCAUGCUACAGAAACAAAUUAUUUUUAAGGCUCUUCAAAAAACAAAAAUAGGCAGACAAUCGUCCACACUUUUCAUUGUGAUUUGUUUUUCUUUAAUAAGGUUUGCAACAAAAAAGGUGAGGAAAAAUAAAUGCAGCUCCAAUCACAGUCAAGAGACCUUAAACUACAAAUUUCUUAAAUGUAGCUUCCAAAUGAUGUUACUGGGUAGACAGUAGCUCAGUCUGUUGAGACUUGGUUUCUAAGAAUGGAAGGGUGUCCAGUCUAAGUCCCUGUACAGACCAAAGUAUAUAAGUUUGGGCUGUUUAAUGCUCUUGAGAAAAACACAGAGCCCCCCAGCUGCCUAGGAUGCUCAUUCCUGUGCAGCCCCCUCACUCAGAGAUCUCUCGCAUUAGUGCAUAUGAUUCUGCUUUAGUAUAUGUGUGUAUUUCUGGCUAAUGUGCAUGCAGCAUGUUCAGUAACCAAGUGAAAAAAUGUAAUUUCCCAUGGGGAUUAACAGAGUAUGUUUUUUCAAAGACGUUCAGUUCUAUCUGGGCGUCUAAUCAAAAUCCUGUCAGAUUCUUUAAGUACCCAAAAAUACAAAAUUACACUACUAAAUCACUGUAUGGCGACUUCAAUCUUUGCUGAGUGCAUCAUGUUUCUGUUAUUAGGUUUAUAACAUCCUCUCAGAGGAUAUUGUGUUUGUUAAUGGAGGGAGUUCUGUUUUCAUGGUGUGUUCAAGAGCAUCAUGUCCUCUUUCUCUCUCUGUUGGUUGUACUGCCACUUAGUGGUACCUUUGGAAACUGAACUGUGGUAAAUAUGUUCACACGUCUAGUAGGAUGUACAGCAGUACUGCAUCGAAAUGUAAAGCAGGUGGGCGUAUAAACCAGAGAUAAGAAAGGAAGAAUAUCCUGUUUAGACAGAAAGAUUCAGACCUGGAACCACAUCAAAAUUGAAAGAUAAAAGUUUGAUGUUUGAUCAGAUCAGCAUUUUGGUGCUUUUUGAUUAAAAAAAGAUUUAAAAUUCCAGCAAAGAGCUCAUUAAUAUAGCAUCAAUAUUCCUCAAAAGUUGCAUGCUCACUGUUUUGCAGCAAGGGGGCAUAAAUUAGGCCAAAUGUUGCUUCAUUUUUAAGAUUCAAUACUCAAGAGAAAGUGCAAAAAUAUUCAUGUUUCAUCAGGAUUUCCCAAGAUUUCGAGGUGCUUUACCAAGUCAGAUUCAAGAGAAAAACAAGCUGGAGUAUACCUCUGAGGAUCCAGUAACAAUGGGAAGGAGCACAAGAAUUCAGCGAUUAUCUCAGGCAUGUGUGAAAGUCUGAUGAGGGAAAAGGAAAGAAAGUGGUGAGAGGCAGAGGCACAGAGAUGGUGUGUGAUUGUGAGAAUUUUCUUGCCGAUGUUCAGGAUCGGCAUGGCAAGUGUUUCCUGAGGUUUGCCUCAGUGAGGAGGGGGAGGACCCCCAGCAGACACAGAAAGAGAAAAAGUGAGAGGGGAAAGAGAAGUGAGAUAUUUGCUGGCCUGAGGCAGUCUGCAGACACACACAUACUCACACAUACACAGCAUUUCAUAUUUUAUAAGACGUCAUCUCCAAUCAAACCUCUCGUGGUUAUUGCUGUACUCACUGCUGCAUACUGUACUCCAGCUUUCUCUCCCACUGUAUUUCUAUGUAACAGCUUUUGCAUUCUUGUGUUGAGUUUAAGAUCAAAUUAAAGACUGUAUCCUGUGAAGGGAAAAGGUAAAAAAAGGCUUUCUUUUUAAAAAAAAAAAAGCACACUGUUGUGAUGGUGCAUAAUCAAAAAGGCUUUUAUUUUACAGGGCAAAUGUCUCCUCUUAAAAAAAAACAUUUGAACAUUCAAGUGUCUGAAAUCUGGACUUAUGUCAUUUAUGAAUUUGAAUAGAAUAAAUCUUUUUGUGUGUGUGUACUCCUCAGUCAUUUCCAGUGCGCUCGCUGGGUUGGGUAGAGAUGGCUGAACAGGACCUGUGUGAGGGGCGGAGCAGUGUGGCGGUCCACCACUGCAUCAGACAGCUGUCGUACUGCAGGAGAGACAUACGAGACUCAGCAGGGGUCUGGGGAGAGGUCAGUCCUCCACGAUCUAAAGUUGAGGGAAUUCCUAUAUAAUAAUUUGACCUUUAUUUUUAAUCAAACUUAAAGGGGUUAAACAGACUUAAAAUGAAGAUAGUGGGUAGAGCCGAUCAUUCCCUGUGUUUUCAAUGACACAGCAACACCGAGUUAGACACCCCCUUGAGAGAUAACUUUAACUUUAUUUAACUUUGCCUAAUUUCUUAAGCAAAGAGACUAAACACAACUCACCUACUCUCUUCCAGCAGCCACUUGUUUGUAGCGAGACCUCGGGCCAGUCCAUUACGGACUACAGCGGGGUGACGCAGCUCAAGGAAGAACAUUUAUGAUCAUUUCUUCAAGGAAAUGCAAUCAGAUUAUUGCUAUUGUUAUUAUUACUAUGGUGAUUAUUACUUCAAGGAAAUGAUAAAGUAAUGAUCAGAAAUGUUCUUCCUUGAGCUUUGUCACUCCGCUGCAGUACAUAAUGGACUGGCCUGAGGUCUCGCUACAAACAAGCGGCUGCUGGAAGAGUAUAGGUGAGUUGUGUUUAGUCUCUUGGCUAAAGAAAGUAGGCAAAGUUAAAAAGAUAUUUGGUGGCUAGUACUAUGGCUAGGACCCUAUAUGUACUGUUGAUGAAGUUAGGUGCUGUUCUGAGCAUUAUUUGUGGCUAUAGAGUGCAGUUUGACUGAGGUUUGUUUAUGGCUCCUCAGACCGCUGCGUAUUGCUAUCCUGCAGUCGUUACCAAAGUUGGUUUAACUAGAGAAGCAAGCGGUCCGCAACAUUAAUCUCUUGAUGGGGUGUCUAACUCGGUGUUUUAGUGUGUUUGACCCUAAAUUAAUUUUACACCGAAAUAUCCCUUUAAGGUCUUGACCCUUUGUGAUUUUAGUACAAAUGAUAGCAUGUCCUGGUUUGUGAUCUUGUAGGGUAAAGGGAUGCUGUUGGUGCUUCAGGACCGCAUGCUGACCCUGGUUGACCCUGAUGAUCGUAGCCUGCUGCACUCACAGCCAAUAAGUAGCAUUCGUGUCUGGGGUGUUGGUCGAGACCACGACAGGUAGGUGGAAAUGUUUGUUUGUUUGAUCGAGCAGCAAUAAGAGCAGCUCUUUAAGGUCAAGUUUCGUGUUUCUCUUUGAACUUGAGCUAUUGAGACGCACAGAGAGAAAAAGAUUGAACUCAUUAACAUGUUUCAGACAUGCACACAGUUAGCCUGCAAACACACACCACUUUAAAUUUGUUUGAGAUUUUUCUGGCUGUAAAGAACUGAGUCAGGAUAAAUAACUAAUCAUCAGUGAGUGGAAUCAGCCUUAUUAUUAUUCAGUGUAUAUUUGCAGCAGCUGCAUUCAAAGCCCCAUCAAUAUGUUCAUUGCUGCUUGUUUCCUUUGUAGAAUGAGGACCUUUGGGGCCUUUAGUCAUUUGGUUAUGUCCCAUGGUCUUAACCUUUCACCAGUGAGCUGACAGUGUGCUGAGGCCAGCACAGCUGCUUAUUGGAGGGGGGGCAGGCUAAACCCUUAUUGAUAUGGGCCCCUCAGGGUUUCCAUUAACACAUGCAGCAGCUGCUUCAACCACUAUCCCAAAACACAUCUGGACACUUUUGUGCUGAUGUGAAACACAUACAUGCAUUAGUUAACCAUGGAUGAGAUGUACAGGCUUAUUUGCAUGUGAGCUUGUACUUUUAAAUGCUUUACAUGCUCACAUUAUCCCGACACCAGUGUAUAAUUCUUGUAAAAGUUCUCUCUCUGCUCUAAAUGUUAAACCUCUAAGAGCUCAGAGACUCCGGGAGAUCCUCUUAGGAGACGUAUGCCACACAAACGAGAGGAGUCCUGGAGUUACGCCGUCUAGAAAGCUGUUUGGUCUUGACAUGUGUAAUCAGCUGUUAAGAGAUUGGGUGAAAAUGGAGAUUAAAAUAGCCUCUGUGCAAAAGGCUUGAUCUCACUUCACUUGCAGCGUCACGCUAACUUCUUUUUUCUCAGUGUCUCAUUUCUCUUUGCCUUUUAAGUGCUGCUAUAGUUUCUAUCAUACGCUGAGGGAUGCUGUGGGAUGCAUGCCUCUAUUCUUCCAGUCCUCCUCCUCUUUCCCUUCCCUAAACAGCAACAGCAUCACAAUGUUAGCUCUGUGCAUGUGUGCGUGUGUGUGAUAGAUUUGAAAUAGAGGGAGGAGGGAGAGAAAGAGGAGUCUUUCCACACUCUCCCAUCUCAGAGGAUUGAGAAACUUUUCAGUGUGUCUGUCUCAGCGGUAAUGGAUAAAGCGUGUAGUGGAGAGGGGAGAGGAGGGAAGGGGAGGAGAGGGCCAGUGCGGACCAGCUCUCUCUCUUCUCUUAUCCUUUUUUCUCUCACUUUGUAUCUCUCUCUCUCUUACAGUGUUGCAUUUUCCACUUUUUCCCUCCUUUGCUCACAGCAGCUCUUUAAUAUCUGCAGUUUGGAGUCUGCAGUUGUCCAGUGACUUUAGCUGUACUGUGUGUUUGACUUUAAAGAUAUUUGAUGCUUAAAGUCCUGAGUGCACUUUCAUACACACAGCUACUGAAAAGAUGUGUGUGUGUGUUUGUGUAUGUUUGUGUCCGAGGUAUAAAUAUGUUCUGCCAAAGGUUGAAGUAGUGUAGUCCUGCCACUAGAGCGCACUAUAAUCAAAGUCUGAGCAUCCUGCUAACUGUGCAUUUUUAUGUGCUUUAACUUGACACAAAACUAGGACCAUAAAGAAGUAUUUCAGGUAUCAGUGAGUGAAUUAAUGAGAGGUAAUAUUUAUUAACUAUUCAUUGAAAACUUGUCGGCUUUAAGGAUUUGGUUCAUUCACGGUAUAUAAUGACUUUGCCUUAGGAGCGCAGGUUGAGCUCAGUGGUGGAAACAUACAUCUGUUCACCUUGUAAAAGCAGCUGCAGACUCAAUUUCCAGCCCUGACCUCUUGCUGUGUAUCAUCCCCAAACAUGUACGCUCUCUCCUCGACUGUCUUUUCAAAUAUACGGAAAAAUUGCCUGAGAUGACCUUUACAAAAAGUUUACUCGACAGAAAAAUGUGCUGGUUUCUUGCAAAUUUUUGUCUGUAAUUUAUUGAGAAAUAAAACAUGUUUUAACUACAAAUGCUGGACUGAUCUGAUUAGAGAAAACUAACAUAAUGUGCAAGAUGGCAAUCAUUAUUGAAAUAUUAUGUUUGUGCUUUCAUGCGUAGGAGUAGCUGUCUCUCCGAGUUCACUCUAUGUCGAUGACUUAUCUGUAAUAGACUGAUGGUUAAUGUUUCUCUAGUCAUUAUUUGAUACAUAAAAACAUUAAGUCUAUCCGCUGAAUAGUGAUGCUCUGGUGAUUAACUUUUAACUCCACAUAUUUCUACUGGUCGACAGGUUUGGAAGAUUGUAGUACAAUCCCCAACAAACACAGAUUUUUCACUCCUGAAGGGGAGCUAAUCCCUGCAGCCGGCUCAUAAAUCUUGUAGAAAAGUGGUGUUCAGUUGACAUUUCAUGUCUGUGACUGGGAUGUGAAACAUAGAUGCAGAGUGCUGACAUGUGACAGGAUAAUUCCCUGAACAAUAUGUGUAAGUGCAUGUUUGUGUGAGCGAAAGAGAGAGUUUAGGUGAUGGUUGUCUUGAGCUGGUAGAUGGUGAUCGACAGGCAGAAAAAGACAGAUUUUUCGUGUCUUAUUUAGCGUGAAAACGGAUCAGGGAAAGAGAAGAAAUUGGGAAGUAAAACACCCUAUGCUCUCUCCGUCCUUCUCUCUUUUUUCCACCUGUCUUUAGAGUACUCCUGCCCUGCCCGUGAUGUUCUCUCUCUCUCUCUCUCUCUCUCUCUCUCUCUCUUUCUCCUCCUGCUUGAUUCAAUAUGAAUGAGUCCCCCUGUCCCUAAAGAGAGGCUGGAGUGAGGGGGGGGUCUGCUCCUCGAUGAAGUCAUGAGGCUAAAUCUGGAGCACUCAGCAACUCCAACUAUGUGCACACCUAUAUGUGUGUGUGAGUACACAUUUGCAUGAGUGCAUGUGUGUGUGUGUGUGUGUGUGUGUGUGUGUGUGUGUGUGUGUGUGUGUGUGUGUGUGUGUGUGUGUGUCUGCACGUGGACUUAAAUUGAUGAAGUCAUAGGUCUAAAUCUGGAGCACUCUGUUUGUGUGUGCGAUGCUGAAUGAGUGGGUGUGUCUGUUUUCGACCCCACUUCCCAUCCUCUCUUUUCUGUCUUUAGUGUUCUUGCGCUAUUUCUACUCUUUGUCUCCAGCGCUCUCUCUGCCCCCCUCUCAUGCCAUUGGCUGCACAGCUCUGCCUUCUCUUUCUUUUUUCUGCUUCUCUUUCUUUCUUUGUCCUGUCAUUAGCCUUCCCUUUUAUUCCAGCUUCAGUUAGACAUGAGAGGGAGAGAGACAGAGAUACAGCAGCAACUGAGGAAUAGGGGGAGAAUCUGAAAGACAAACAGGAAGAGAGCAAGUAGGGGAAGAGUGAGAGAGGGAGAGAGCGAGUGAGCGAGCGAGCUGUGGGAGAGAAAGAAACAGUGCAUGCUUCCCUGCUGGUACUGAGCAGGACUUUGAAGGAGAGUCCUCGGACCAGGAGAGAGAAGCGAAGGAAACCAAGCGGAGAGGAAGAUAAGGAGGGGAAAGGUGUAGCAGAGGGAAGAGAAGGAGAAGAAGGAGAGGGGGGAGGGGAGAAAAGAAGGAGAGGAGGGCUUGAGGAUUAAGAAAAGAAGAAAAGGAGGGAAAAGAGGAGUAAAAGAUCUACCCCUGGGUAUCCCGGUUAGACGGGCUGGAGCAAUGUCACCGUGGCAGAGGAGCUAACAAGGCAGGGAAGCAGUGGUCUGAAUCGGAGCGAGGAUGUCUGGCUUUGUGAGUACCCCGUCUCUUAUUAUUCACUCCUCAAGCACUCCUUAUCCAUCCAUCUAUCUAUCCAUCCUUCCUCCCUCUACUUCAAAUCAUCUCAAACUGCCUCUCUCUGUGUCUCAACAUGACCCCCUGUCUGUCUUCCCCCCUCUGCUUAUUUCUAACUGCAGCUCACAGACCUACUUUCAUUUAUUCUCUUGUCUUUUUUUUUACACUCAUUAACUUCUCAGCCCCCUGCUGUGUGUUUGACUUCAAGCUGGGUACUUUCUCUCUCUCUUCCUCCCUCUCCCUCUUCCUCCCUCUAUCUCUCUCUGUGUGUCAGGUGUAAGGAUGCAGGCAGGCAGCAGCAGGUCUGCAAAAAAAUAAGAGUGAAAAGAAAGAAAGAGGGAUGAAGUAAGCAAAGAGAGGGAUUGAGAAAGAUGGGAUUAAAGAGUUUGGAUGUGCUGCAGGGGUUUUUCAAGUGUGUGUGUGAGUGUGUGUGCAUGUGAUGGCAGUUUUGAGCUGUUUGAUAUUGCACUCGGUUUAUGUGUGUAUUCUGCAGAGCCCCAAACAUAACUAUUUUUGACACAUUCAUCUUACAAUGCUUUCUGAAUUUGUUCAACCGAGGAUACACACCGAGGUAAAGGUGUGUGUGUAAGAUAAAUACUUCCCUCUCUCUCUCUCUCUCUCUCUCUCUCUCUCUCUCUCUCUCUCUCUCUCUCUCUCCUUGUGCCUGUACCCUAACAAGCAGAAGAGGAGGAGGAGGAUGAGAAAUGAGCAGGGGAACACUAAGCGAAGAGCAAAAAGCCAGAGCGAGAUGAUUUACAACAUCACGAGGGCAGUUGCGGCUUGUUUUCUUGUCCUUGGCGUGUGACACUUGUUAGGAUUGAGACAACACUGGGCGUGUGCCACUGUGAUGAACGCCGUUUACACUCUCUUUGUGUAGCUCUGAUCUCCCAAGCUUUUUUCCAUGCGAUCAAAGUGAACUAUGGCAGAAUUUUCUUCACUAAUGGUGGCUGCACAAAAACACACAAUGAAACACACUGCAAACAUACAUAUCAUUCAUAUUCAUUAGCAGGCAGCAAAGGGGCUCCCGCUUGCUUAUUCCCCACAGCUCUCACUUAUUCCCCCCCUCCCUAAUGUUGACCUUCUGUGGACAGCUGUGGCAUGCAGAAAAGAUGGGCGAGUAAAGAAGAAGACAGGGAAAAGAUCUGAGCAGAAUAGCAGUGAGAGAAGAGAGGAGAAGGGACACGCAAGCCUCCAGAAUCAUUAAUAUUUUAACGAUGAACACACUCCAGCAAUCACUUCCAUUUAUGUCAUUGACUACAGUUUGUAUGUGCAUGUGAGGGGUCUUUCCAGUCACUCUCCCACUCAAUCCAGUUUAGAUCCAGCUUCUCCACUCAUAUCCAGCCUUGGGUCAGAUUAAUUAACAUGUGUGGACCCCCGCCUGAUGGGACACAGCCUGAACACCUCGACCCACUCGAUAGACGCCAAAGUGAUUGAUUGCUUCUUCCUUUCCACUCCUGUUCUGAUUUUUAGCCCCACAGCCAACCUCUUCUCCUCCCCCUGCAAGUCAUCGCUCCUCCACGUCAGCUCCUUACAUCUACCCACAAUCCAUCACUCCCACUUCUGCGCACAAAUACGGGCACCUUAUGUCAGGAUAUGUCCACUCUGCCACCCAGAGAAGCUCAUUCUCCAAAGGGUCAUUAUGGUGGGAGCAGUAUCUCCACUCACUCUGCAGUGAGGAGUCAUAUGUCACACUCACACACACACACAUACACACGCUGAACUACGAAUGAAGAGCCUUCAAAUACAACAUUUCCUCUUCUUCCCCUUUACUCUCUCUCCUUUCCCCCUUUCUCUCUUACAUUAGCAUUGUUAGGCACAGCUGCUGUAAUCCCUGUCUUCCUGACGAAUUACUCCCCCUGGUCCACCUAUAGAUCCCCCUCCCUCCUUGGGCCCACCAGCCGAUAAAUCUCCCCCUGAUAAACCUCUGGUUGGUCCAGGCAGUGAUGCGAAGUGAUGCUGAUGUUCGCUGAUCGCACAGAGCUGAUCACAGCGGGACACUCGGUGCUGCCUGUGGCCCGUCAAUCCAUUCAGACUUCACAAGUGUCCGCAGACUGUUCAGGCUGAAUGUAUUUGAAUACUCGAUGUGUCUGAUGGAAGUUUUUUGAUUACGUUUUCAUUGAAGCAGCUGCUGAUGUUCCCAGUAGAAAAGAUUUAUAACCUGAUGAAUAAAUUUCCCUUUAGUUAUUUCAGGAUCAAUAGUAGUACAUUUUAUUCUAAUGAUUUAUAUUGACAGGGUGGCAGAAUAGGGUAUGAAUUUAUCACCUUAUACGAUUAUUAUUCAAGCAUUUCAUCAGCUUUUAAUCAUCUUUUGAUUAGCAAAUCAAUAGAUCCCAAUUGAUGUAACUUUAACAGCCUAAUGAAGUCUAAGUCCCGAUAGAGCAGAGAUUCUCAACCCUGAUUGGCUGAAAAUACCAACCCUUCCGUUUUAUGUGUAAUAAACUUAAUGACCAGAAGCUUAGUUGAUAGUUAGUCUAUGUAGUGAUGGAUGAUGGGUUACACACACAUUAAAUACAAGCGCAAGGUUUCUAGGAGAACAGGAAAAAAAGGUCCCUUGUGUUAAGAAUAGAGGGUCUAUGGUGGAUUGAUCGAAUCUCUAUCUCAAUGACAAGGUUAGAAAAGUAGGUCAGCUGCAGCGUGAUCCACAGAGGUGGACAGAUUUGACAAAGUCUAAAAGUUUCUUACAGGAGCUUUAACUGUCAAACUUAUCCUUGAUGUUCAAGCUUUUUUAUCAGCCUGCUGUUGAUCACCUUGUUUGAUAUCGCAGCAGUCUACCGACGGUUUUCCCUCGUAGCUUCUUCAGCUUCUAUUUUAAAGUGCGACUCACCGUUGCGUACUGUUGCUAGGUUACCGGAGUUGUCUCAUGGGACAUUUGCUUUCCUGACCUGAUAGACUAUUUAAAUGUUGUUGUUUUUUUUGUGCUCCAUAUUUUCUUGCUUUAGGAAAUUUUCCAAACAAAUACAAAUCAUUAGAAAUGAAUAUUGGUUCAGCAUCAGCAACUCAGACCUGGAAAUUGUUCCCUAGAAAAUGUGAGUCUGAUUAGUCUCUACUCCACCAUUGUUGCUGACAAAAUUGGAAUCAGAAGUCCUGGUCUGAUCGCUAAAUAACUGAGGAGUUAUUGACAAAAAGGCUGAUGCUGGAGGCUUGUGAUGCUAAAUGCUGAAAACACUUAUCUCUUUAAUUCUGUGUUGAAGAAAUCCAGAUUUAUCAGUAGAAAUAUCCGAUUUUCCUGGUGUUGGCUUGGAGGUUAUAAAAGAGUGAUUAUUUUUAGUUUUGCUCAUGGCCAGUUAAAAGAUCCUCACAUUAGUUUGAAAUAAUUUAGCAACCAUGCAGUUAUUUUUUUGAGUAUUGAACAGAGUUAUUCUAAAAUUGUAGUACUUUCUUUCUUCAUGAAAGAGGUGAUUUAACAAAUAAAAUACUUUGGUAUCACUUAGCUCAAGUUGUUAUCUUUAAAAAGUUCUUUUUGUCCAACAAUAGUCUUAAAAAUGAUCCCUUACUGCCACACAAGACAUUAAAAAAGCCUUCUUAAAGAGCAAAAGUUUGAUAUUUUCUGCUCAUAACAUCGUCUAACCGGUUAAUGAACUCCUCAUUUAGCUCUGACCUGCUUCUUUGAAACCCUGGUGAAGUGUUUUGGUGAAUUUCCAACAUGUUCUCCUUGAGAGAGAAUUGUAAAGAGGCUGCUCAUUACCGUGAGCCUGAAACAUGGUGAUUUACGAUGAAUACAGCUAAUUAGGUUACAUGUAUACAGUAUGAGCCCAGCUGCACUGUGAACACAGCUGUACGUAACUCUACGCUAACUUGACACCAAAUCCCUGCGCUCUCCCACACACUCUCUUUAUCUCUCUUACUUACACACACACACUCACACACACACACACACACACACACACACACACACACACACACACACACACACACACAUUAGUAACAUACAUGAAUGGGGGUGUCCUGCUAAUGUGACAUCUCACUGAAGCUUUGUCUAUCACGUACACACACAGACACACACACACACACUCAAGUGCAGUGUGAUGUAUAAAUGAUCAAGAGCAGAGAGAACAGCAGGACAUCUUUCUCCCUCUCUCGUCCAGAAUAUUUCUUUUUCUUGACACACACACACACACACACACACACACACACACACACACACACACACACACACACACACACACACACACACACACACACACACACACUUGCUGUCUUUGCAUUUUACUCAUCCACCCACCUAUCACUGCUCCUAAAUAUGUUAUGAAAUCAGAUGAUGUUGACACAUGAGUAUGGUGUGUGUGCAUCCCUCCGCUUGUUGCCCCUCCCUCUCUCUCUCCUUAUGUCUGGAAUUGGGUCACAAAGCUGCGUGAACAUAAACUGGGAUCGAGAGUGUUUUCCUCUCUUAGUUUAACACCAGUUUUCACUAUCUACUCUGUCAAUCUGUGUGUUUUCUUAGAAAAUGCUCAGAGGUGCUGUAAGUUUAAUCAAACUGAGGUUUAGCUGCUCCAGCUGUAAACAACAUCACCUGUCUGUCAAAUGACACAAACAGCAUUGUGUGCUGCGUUCGCUGCUCAAUUCACUGUAGACAACAGUUUUUAUUUUUAUUUCAACUUGAUUUUUGUCCUACUUUUCUGCUGCCUUGGGGUGUAAUGGUAUUUAUGAGUGUGUUUUUAUCUGCUUGUGAGUGUGAUUGUGUCUGUCAUGUGACACAAAGAUGCAAAAAGGGCUCCUUCUUCUUCUUCCUCCUCCUCCUCCUCUUCUCCUCAUGUGCUGUGCCCUCUGGCCCAGAAUGCUCAUUUUGCUGCUCAUCCUGGUGCUGUAAACAAGUUUACAGUGGAGAGAGGUAAUUACGCACAGACAUUCAACAUUAGACCAAAUGACUGUGGGCCAAGACUAAUUCACCAGGUCGCAGAGGGGUUUACCUCGCUCUACUGACGCACAGGCUUUAGAGGUUUUAGUGGCGUAAUGUUUGGUAGGAUCCAAAUUAGCUCCAAAUCCAGCUCCAAAAGCACUUUUGUCGCCUCAUUUCAGAAAAAGACUUUCAGAAAUACGGUUUCUAUCUAAGAGGAGUAGAUGAGACAACUGAUGAUAUACUGUACAACUGUAAUAUUUGUGUUUCUGGUACAAUAGGAGGCCAAGCACAUUUUUAAAGCACAUUAUCAAUAAGGCUUUUAGUAUACAUUAAGAAGACUUUAUAACAAUCUUUUUAGGUGAAAUUUCCCAAACCCUAAUAAGAAAUCAUAACGGCUUAUGUUUAUAAAGUGUUAUACGCAGUGAGCAUAAUACUUUUGAUGAUAUCAAAUACAAAAGAAAAUCAUUUUUUAAUGAAAAAAAUGGUACUGUUGUUGUGAAGUAUUUUAGUUUAGCACUUUAAUUACAGCCACAAUGUGCUGCUUAUAAAUGUGCUACAGGAGCAUUUAAUUGGUAAUAACCUACAGGGAAAAGUAAGCUGAGCUCAUAUGCCUGUUUAUAACCCCUCUACUUUUUCAUUUUCAUAGACUCAUAGACUGCCUGUGGUCAUUAGCAUUAUCCACGGACUGCAUGGAGAGCGUGAACAUCAGUAUUUCAGCCAAAACAGAAGCUUAAAAAAAGUUGAAUCAUCAGCACAGUACACAUUUGUGAUGAGUUUGAACCAGUUUGAAGCCAUCUUCAAAUUACACUCCCAUGAGGAGUAAAACAGAAGUUGCCAACGCAGCACCUUGUCAGUCAGUUCAGAGGUGUGGCAAUUACUGACCCCCCCUUUUCAAAUAAGUCAGGUCACCUUUGUCUCCACUUCAAGUGAAGGUGCAGACAGUCUUAAUACCAAACCGUCUACUUCCUCUUGUUAAUAGUUUAUGAGAAAAAAAACAGUCAACAUAUUAGUAUCAACAUUAGAUUUCUUCUUAUUAAAGGAGCCUCGAUGAGCUGUGGUGUCUCUAUUUAGUGGUUCAAGAGUUAAAUUUGACCCAACAUUAGUCAAAAAGAUACGAGGCAGGGUUUAACACUUGAUUAAUAAGGUUUUGAGUUUGUUGACAGCUCUGUCAGGUCAAUUAAACGGCCCUAUCUCCUUUUUUUAAGGUGCUAAAAAGUUUUUCUCCUGUGACAAAAAGGGUUGAUAACUGCAUGAUUUGUGAUUCUUGACUAUUGAUAAUGUAAGAAUCCUCAAAAACCCUGAAUUAGUGAGAGUCUAAUUAGCAUAUUGUAUAUCUAAGCACACUACAGACAGCUCUUUAAAUGCCAGAUAGAAGAUGCUAACAUAUCAUCAAUAGUGCUGCAGUGUAAAACCAAGUCGAUAUCUGUCAGCAGCUCUGAACAGCACAACUAAUGGCGUCUUAAAGUGUGUACUUUGCAUCUCUUAUAUCCACUUUUAUUGUGGAGUUUUAUUGUUUUCUUUUAUCACCAUAUUCUACGUUCCAUUACAAUAAAGCACAAUUAACUUUAAUCCCAGGCAACAUAUGCUGAAUCCUGCAAACACAAUUAUCAGCACUCAGGGGUCCAAUUUAGAAAAUGGUACACUCACAGCAGUAUUUGGCGAUGUUUAUUAGGUUUGAACAAAUAAAUUUAAAGAGUUUCCUCAGAGAAAACAUGUAGAUAGCAAAAGACUAUCAACAGAGUUUGAUAGUAAAAACCAAUUUCCCGAGCUUUGACAGCAGAAACGGUCAUUUUUCAGCACUCUACCUGGAAGUUUUAGGCUGAAUUUAUUACAUCUUACUUUUUUAAUGAAUAUUGCUGUCACACUUACUUUAAUGUGUUUACUUUUCCCUAUGUGUUUUAUGCUAAUAAUGUAUUAAAGUAAAUUGCAUGGUGCUUUUUUUAAGGAGGUAUAAUAUUACACCGCACAAGUUUUAAAUAGGCUUAUAAGACCAAGAGUCUCAGAGUGUGGCGCAAAAAACAAGGUUUUUAAAGAGGAAUAAUUCACAGAGAGAAAGCUGGUAAAUACAAAAAUACCUGCCAGGUGUUUUGUUAUUCUCUUUGCAGUGUGAUGAAAAGGGCAUUCCUCUAAAUCACAGAGCAGCUGUUGUUCUUUUUUUUAAUGCUCAAUAGCUCCGUGAAACUGGAUCAUGUCAACAUCCACUUUGGACCUAAGCCAAAGGCACAACCCUGUCAGCAGUCAUAGAGUCACCCAUAUAGUUUCAGUCAAUAAGUAUAACAUGCACACACAUUCACACAGCUCACACACACCUGGCUGUCUACUUUCCGCUGACAGCAGAGUCACAGGAGCUUCUUCCUCAGACAUUUCUAAUCAGCAUCUGGCUGUGCUAUUAGCAUAUGUAAGAGCAUUAGCAUAUCGCCCAGCACUACCCAGACACUCUGUAAAGCUGUUUGAUAAUUGAAGUCUGUGUGAAGUGUGUGUGAUGCCAUGGCACUGUGUGUGUGUGUUGAUGUGUGCGUGACAGAUGGUUGGGAGAGAACACGAGUCUCUGCUGAGUGAUACUGGAAGUUAUCGAGCAUGGAAAAUACAGCAGAGCGGACGGGGGACGAGGCACAAUCGUGUUGUUUUCACUGCCUCUUAAAACUUCAACAGCAGCUUCUCUGGUGUUUUAUCUCACCAUUUAAGCACCUGAAGAUGCAGAGUGGAGGAGUUCUCUUUACGGGGUCUGACAAACUCUUGAAUUUAAAUUACACAGUGUUGUCAGGGGGGAAUAAAAGUUUAAGUUACUGAGCAUAACAAAUUGUAAUUCUUACUUCAGAGGAAAGGUUUGGAUCUGGAUCUGGCUUGUGUGUUUAAAAACAACAAAACUUGUCAGGUUUGUAUUACCGCUACUGCCACAACUAAGUUAGACAACAACAAACAGGUUGGGAUGUUUGGUCAAAUUUCAAUCUUUUCCAAACUUUAAGGAGAGCAAUGUUUGGCUCCUUUGUGGUGGCUCAGUUUUAUAUUGUGUCACUUGGUGGUAAAACAUUAUUUCUGCUGUAUUUUCACUUUGUAAUAUAAAUAGAGUAAACCUUUAACCUCUUUACUCAUCCUGCAGACACAACUGUGAUUUUUUUAUGCUCAUACAUGACUCAUGUCUUAAAUCUAUUGGAUUUUUUACAAAUAGACAAGUUGGAAAGAAUGGGAUUUUCAACACUUUUGAGAGUUACAUGAUACAUUUACAUGUUGUUAAAAAAAUCUUAUUGCCUUCGUCCGACUGAAGCUGGACUUUAAAAGAUAUGUUAACACAUUAGGCUGACUGAAAUUGUAGUUUGGCUCAAUUGGACUGAAACGGGCCUAAAAUUUCUGCCUCAGUGUUCGUGGUCUUUGAGCUGCAAGUUGAAUAACGAGAAUGCAUUGCUACGAAGCUGGGUAGUAAAUAAAACCUUAACUGGUUAAGAAUAGAGAUGCACCGAUCCAAUUUUUUUCAGAUUCAAUCCGAUACCGAUACCUGGGCUGAGUGUGUCGGCCGAUAUCUGAUACUGAUCCAACACUACUGUUGAAUGAAUGAAUAAACUAUUUACCUUGCUUUGUGAGUGAAGGCAUCAGGGUUGACAUUAGCCUUUUUUUUUUUUUUUUUAAAUAGUAACAAAUUAACACAGAUAGAGAAUCAUUUAAAAUUAUUUAUUAACAAAUAACAAACUGCACAUUAGCACACAGCAAAAAGAAGUAAGACUUCCAUGUAUUAAAAGAAAAUUGAUUAAAAGAAAAAAAUAUCCGAUCCAGUUAAUUUAUCAAUAUUGGAGCUGAUAUCUGAUCCAAAUAUCAGAUCGGUUAUCAGAUCGGUGCAUCACUAGUUAAGAAAGGAAAAGACUUUCCUAGUACAGAGCUGUAAAAGUGACAAUGUCCUCAUAUGUCUUGUUCGCCUCUUGCUAAAGUGAUGAUUGAUUUCAUACAUAAUAGGUCAACCCAAAGACCGCCCUAUGGUACUUAUGAGCUAAAAGUGGCCAUGUCGCCGCCUACUAGAGCAGAGGCGGACACACUUCUGUCAAUAAUUUGAUUUUUGCCUGGUGCUCGGAAACUGUGACAGGGACAGUCAUCCAGUUAAAUCGCCUAAUCUAACAAACAAACAAACAGACAGUUUUGCAUUGGUGUAAUGGACACUCGAUGUAAAACACAAAGAGAAAAAACAUUGACUGCUGCAUGUGAUGUCUUUAAUGUCUUUUGCAGGUCAGUUCUAAUUGACACAGAAGUCUGAUAGGGGAAAAAUAAUCAUGUAAAAUAGCAGAAGAAAAAAGAAAACAUUUGAACUGACCAUGAAAGCUGGUGGUGUGAACACAGUCACAUCUAUUCUCCAAACAAAGAAAGUAAUGAUAAAAACCUGUUUUUAUAUAUUGUGUUAUUUGUUUUAAUAUUUAUUUUUUAACAAAGAAAAAGAUUAAAAAGGAAUACACAUUCCCCUGCAGAAACUUUGAGCGCCUCAUUGUCUUUCAUAGUGACACUCAUACCAAACAUGUUUUUGUGUCAGUCCAGACAUGCAGUUAAUCCUUCAGUUACCAGCCCGUGAAAUAGACAGGGAUUAGCUCUUUGCUCUUGGCGAAGAUCAACACUGCAGGGAACAUUAAGUCUGACAUUAAGAUAUACACAAAUGUAAGAUAGCUGGGUUUUAACCCGUCUUCCUAUAGAGGAUGGUAUUUGACCCUGAAUUCAUAUGAAAAGCUUAUUUUGGCAUUUGGCCUGUUCUAUAAAGGUCUUCAUUUCAGCUCAUCAUUUGUACCAGCUGCAUCACAUCCUAAGAAUAAAUGCUCAAAUGUGAGGCGAGAAAAUCAAGUUUGAGUUGCAGCUUUUAAGAAUCUAUUCUAACAAUCAAUAAUCCUAAUCAUGCAGAAAACCAGUACAAGAGAAGCAGAGAAACUGCUUUUACUUCCAACCUCAGCUUCAGUGAUCUGCAGUGUUUUACAUCCUAGAUUUUCCUCUCACACUCCCUCCUUUCACGUCUGUUAUCAGAGUUUGAUAUUUAUACUCCUUAUUGAAAGACUUCUGGCGUACUUGUGUUGCACAAAUAAGACAAUUGGAAAAAAAGAGCCAUUGAGUGUCACAAACUGAAAUAAUAUUUAAGUGUGUGAGGGUGGGAUUUUCAUUCAGCAGUACAUAUGCUAAUGUUACUAUUACUACAGCAGCAGCGUGUGUCUGAUGUCAGAGCAGCUCUCACUGACGGUAUGUGCCACUUUCUCAACACCAUACAUCUGCAGCCAUGAACUAAUUUAAUCUGUGAGUCGUACGUAUCGUCUCCUGCCGAGCCUGCCUCUCAGCCAUCAGGAUCAAAGCGAGAUGGAUAGUAGUGAGUCAGUCCUUCUUUAUUCGGCUCUGGAAAUAUGUGGAGCACACACAGAGAGAGAAAAAGAACAACAUGAGUGGUGGGAGUCUUGCUUUAACUCAUCUCUCUGCUUUGGAGCUUUCAUCUCAUACUUCUUUUUACCUCUCUUUUUCUUCUCUCCACCUCUCCCUCCUCUAUUCAGCCCCCCCAUGAGUGAGUCUCACACCUCGUUCCCAUUCCUCUCUGCUACACUCCCACCUUUUGAUUUUGGCUCCUUGGCUUCCUGCCUUCAUCAUUCCCUUCUCUCUCUCUCGACAUUUAUAUCUGUGUCUCUUCACUUUCCUGCCAAAAACUCUUCCAACAUCUCUCAGGUCCAUGUGUCAUUCAUUUUAAGAUGUUGGCUGAUUCACCGCCUGUCUGUCUCUACCUCAUGUAACCUCUCUGUGCUAACUGAGGUCAGGGAGAAAUAUACCGUAACAUCACACUUUACUUUUUUCUGCCUCCACAAAAAUAUCGUUCAGUACAAUAGAUGCUAAAUCUACCAUAGCUGACAAAUAUAGGAUGAGCUGACAAAUCAUUGGAGGUAAUGCAACUGUAAAUCCAGACUUUCUGAGGGAAGUGCUCCAGGCAUGCAGGCGCUGAGUGAAACAGUUUUGUGUUGAUGAGACAGAAAGGAAGACCAGAUUUAUCUGUUAUUUGAUGAAUACAACAAGAAAGGAGUGUGUCCGAUGAUUGUUUAUACCCUGUCAAUACAUAAUUUUAAAAAAACAAUUGAAUAAAACCCACUUGAUUGUAUUGAGAAAUAGUUUCUGAUGUACAGAAAGGUUUUCUGAAGUGUAGUCAAGGUCAGCUGUCUGCGUUUGCAUUGCAGUUUCCACUGUUGCAUUUGCUUUGGACUUCUGCAUGUGCUUUGAAUUGGUCAAUUGAUCAUUUACUGCAAGAUUGUUGGAGAUCCUUAAUGCUUGUCAGCCACCAUAGAAAUUAAGUCUAUGAAAUAUAACAUAAAGCCAACAUGUAAACCAAUAGACUCCUAACUAAAUGACACACGAGGCGGCUUGGCACUUCCUGGCUUUCUCUUACACUCAAGCAAUGAAAACUACAAGAGUCCAUGGGCCAAAAUAAAUAUAAAUGUAUGCGCUUUAAGAGACUGUUAGAUGACCUUCAACCCAAAUCAUAAAAUCAAGAGUCACGGGAUCGAAUUGUCUUCAGCCCUGUUUAAAGUGAUGUUCCAGAUACACUGAGCUGGUUCAGUCUCUGAUGUGAGUGGGGAUUAAGUUCUACCUUUUGUCUGAAUGUAUAAUGUCUAAUUUAUAUACAUAGAUUAUUCUAAAACUCCUGAUACAGCCUGAGGUUUGGACAGACACAUCCGAGACAGAGAGUCAAUGAGUCUAAGCUGGUUAAUUUUUUAUUCUGUCCUCUCUUGCGCUUCAUCCAGUUAUAGCUCCAGUUACGGCUGCAUGUUUAUUUUUAGAGUGUUAACUUAUUUAUCAUGUCUUGGCUUUUACUGCUGUGCGAAACUUUUGCUACUGUAACACUGCGUAUUUCGUCUUUAUGGAACUACUCGGAAAAUAACCUUAUAUCUUAUGUGACUUAACAACUGCGUCUAUGACCCAACUGUGCCACAGCCAAACUUAUAAUGAAGGGCUGCGAUUCAAAUAUUCUGCACACUCAUGAGGUUUCAUAGUUCUUAUCCUCUAUUUCAGUUUGUGUGUGUGUGUGUGACAUUUACACAACAUCAGUUCUAGAUGCAGUUUCAGGUUAAAGGGAUAUUCCAGCGUAAAAUUAAUUUAGGGUCAAACACACCAUAACACCGAGUUAGACACCCCCUCCAGAGAUGAAUGUUGCAGACCACUUGCUUCUCUAGUUAUACCAACUUUAGUAAUGACCGCAGGAUAGUAAUACACAGUGGUCUGAGGAGCCAUCAACAAACCUCAACCAAAACGCCACUCUAUAGCCACAAAUAAUGUUCAGAACAGCACCUAACUUCAUCAACAAUACAUAUAGGGUCCCAGCCAUAGCACUAGCCACCAAACAUCUUUUUAACUUUGCCUAAUUUCUUCAUCAAAGAGACAAAACACAACUCAUCUACUCUCUUCCAGCAGCUGCUUGUUUGUAGUGAGACCUCAGGCCAGUCCAUUACGGACUGCUGCGGGGUGACACAGCUCAAGGAAGAACAUUUCUGAUCAUUUCUUUAUCAUUUCCUUGAAGUAAUAAUCAUCAUAUUAAUCAUUUUUCACUGCAGACACGGUAGUUCUUCUGCCUUAGUGUCUCGGUCUGACUGCAUUUCCAUGAAGAAAUGAUCGUAAAUGUUCUUCCUUGAGCUGUGUCACCCUGCAGCAGUCGAUGGUCUCGCUACAAACAAGUGGCUGCUGGAAGAGAGUAGGUGAGUUGUGUUCAGUCUCUUUGCUAAAGAAAUUAGUCAAAGUUAAAAAGAUGUUUGGUGGCUAGUGCUAUGGCUAGGACCCUAUAUGUACUGUUGAUGAAGUUAGGUGCUGUUCUGAGCAUUAUUUGUGGCUAUAGAGUGGCUUUUUGGUUGAGGUUUGUGUGUGGCUCCUCAGACCGCUGUGUAUUGCUAUCCUGCGGUCAUUAUUAAAGUUGGUAUAACUAGGGAAGCAAGCUGUCGGCAACAUUCAUCUCUCGAGGUGGUGUCUGACUCGGUGUUACAGUGUGUUUGACCCUAAAUUAAUUUUACGCCGAACUAGUGCUGGACGAUAAUUCGAUAACAAUAUAUAUUGAUCGAUAGACGUGUGGUGCGAUAGAAAAAAAACGGGUCGAUAAAAAGUUCGAUAGAAAAACACAGUUUCCCCUUUCUUUUUCAUCAUAGCCUAUCAUGUAGCUUUUACUACAGUCAUUACUUCCUCCCAACCAAUCACAAACGCAGACCCAGGUACGCUACGGCACCAAGCCCAGCCCCUAUCAAACCACAACAGACAGCACGUGUAUUAGAAAAAAUGAUACAGCAAGGAGAAGCGGAGGACAUUGUCCCGAAAAAAGGUUUCAGUAGUUCACCAGCAUGGCAAUGUUUUGGUUUUUAGAAGUCUGACAAAAAGCGAACAGCGGUCGUUUGCAAAAUUUGCAGAGAAUUAGUAAAAACCAAGUCUGGUAACACAACCAACUUGUUUUACCAUCUAAACCGAUCGCACCCGCAGGAGUACGAGCUGUGUCGGCCGCGCCGCGGCUCCACGUCAUCGUCGGAGGAAUCCUCUGGAACCGCUGCCAGCACCAGCACAAAGCAAGUGAAGCAGACCAAACUGGACUUCGUUUCUUGCCAAAAUACGACAAAGCGUCCGAGCGGCAUAAGGACAUCACCCAUGCAGUAACAUGCUCCAUAGCGAGGGACAUACUGCCAAUAACUACCGCUGAAAAGCCUGGCUUCGACCAGCUUCUAGCCACUCUCGACCCGCGAUAUGAAGUGCCCGGCCGCAAGUAUUUCUCAAACACAGCGCUUCAGGCAUGAAAAUGGGUCAGGGGUUGAAAAGGUGAGAAUGGUGCGGAGGAAAUACGUUCAAAUGAGCUCAUAUUUUACAAAGACGCGAGUAUUUGGAUCAUGGCUACUAGCAGGGGGUGCAUUCGGCAGGGGUGCAUUCUACGACACAACACCGGCGUGGAUAAGUCCUGCUUCUCGUGCUUAGUUUGUGUAUUAAGUCAAUCACAUGAUAAUUAAAAAAAAAUAAAUCUCCCGACCCCGGGAGAAAUAUUUCAGUGUUCAGACACCAGGCUGUGGGCAGUUUCCCACACAGUUAAAACUGGUAGUAUGCUAUUCCCACCUAAAGCUAUUCUGUUUAUUUAUAUAUUUGUUUGUUUUGUUUAUUUUCAUCAAAAGACUAUUUAAAUAUUUAUUUAUCAGAUUUUCUGGUCACUUUAGUCUUUAUGUUUGUCAGUAUUUACUGACGUCACUCAGGCCACUUAAGUUGAUUUCUUUUUUUUUUUAGUUCUUUUUUUAAAAACUUUCAGUUGUGGUAAAAUAAAAAAGGUGGUUGAAUAAAGGUUUGAAUUUGAAUUCAGUGCUUGUGUGUUCUUUAUUAAAAGUAGGUCAUUAAGCAAUAGCAUAAAACAUCCAGGGCUGCAAUUAAAAUAUAUGUUAAAUAAUUAUAAUAAUUAUAUCAAUAAUUAUCGAUAUCGAUCAAUAUGAUUUAUUUUUUAUCGAUAUGCUUUUUUUCUAUAUCGUCCAGGCCUACGCCGAACUAUCCCUUUAAGUGUCUUGCCAAAAGAUUUUGCAGCAUGUGGACCCUGCGACUCUGGAUUGAACCUUAAUUUUUAAGAGCUCAACUGGCUCUUCUGCCAAGCUACAGCUCAGUCCCCUUAUAGGACUGUAGACAUGAUACUUGGAAGGUCUUGCAUGCAUACAAUUUUGUCUCUUUGUAUCUAAUGAUUAAAUAGUUAAAAACAAGCGGUUUAAUCACAGAAAACAAAACUUUUGUUGACAUAUGUAGCGGUGUAGUUUUCUGACAGUCAAAUGGGAAUGAGUGGGAGGAGAGAGAGAAAAAUAGGGUGUGGUGUAGUGCAAGGUUAACAGAGAGCAGCAGCUUUGAGGCAUUAAGAGGUUGGAGCCAAAACAUCAAAUACCACCGAAGUGACAGACUGAAAAAAUUAAAUUGUAAAUGGAGCAGAAUUGAAAGUAAAUGGACUCAGAACAAAGAAAAACAUGAUUGAAAUUCACGCAGAGGGGCAGAGACAUAUAUUGAUAUGACAGUUCUGGCACGUGUACAUGUGGCUGGUUGGAGCUUCUAGUUUUUUUAUUUAUAUCAAUGUGUUGCUGAAGCUUCUGUAUUUAUGUGUGUUUGUGUGUUAGUGUGUGUGCACGUGGGCGACUACCGUCUGCUUUGAGAGCAAACUCGAGCAGCAGAUCUGACUCCGAAGACUCCUGUUUGAAAUAAUCUGCCAGCUGCUGUUCCCUCACUCACACACACACACACACACACACACACACACACGCACACUUCUCCUCACUAAGUGGAUCAUGAAAGAAUCAAAGGCGGUCGAUGUUUGAAUCAGCCCUCUGUUCUUUAUUCAGCCUGCACCUCCUUUGUUGAGCGUCUGAUAACAGAGCACCUCACGAUAUAUGGAGGGAGCGUCUGUGAUAAGUUACACUGUUGAUAUGAAUCCUUCAGAGGUGCAUCUUUUUUUCUUGCUCCUCCAGUUUUUUUGGAAGGAAAAAGAGAGUGAGCAAAAGAGUGAAAGAUGGAGAGAGCUGAGGGGAAGAUUAAUGAGUGAAAGCAAAUCGGAGGAUGAAAGAGAGAUUGAGAGGAGGUAGCGAUGAAGGGGAAAUGGGGAGCGGGGGGGAGGAAAAGCUACGGUAAUAAGGUGUGUGUGCCUGUGACUGCGUUGGCAUAUUUAGCAGGAAAGCUGUGCUGUGUCAUAAAGUAGCAGCAUACUAAGCCUGUGAAAUGAAAAGCACACAAAACUAAGCUUCUGUGCACACAGACAAAUCAUGCAUGCAGGCGCACUUUAAGAAAGGCAGUGAUUGAGGUUAAAGAGCAAUGAAUCUGUUUCUGACUCAGUAUGUUGAGAAUUAACAUGGAUCCUACUUUUCCCCCUCUUUUGCUCAUCCAUCUCCCCAUUUUCAUCUUCCCAUCAAACUUUCCUAAACUUCCAUCUUUCUCUUCACUCUGCUCUUUCCUCUUCCUUCCUUUCCCUAUUUCCCUUACCUUUACUUCUCGCUUCCUCUUGCUUCCUGGGACCCAGAGAAAGGUAAUUGCUCUUUGUGGUGUGCUCAAGUGUGAUUGUGCUUCUCCAUUGUUUUCAGUAAUCGUUGUGUCAAGACCCACUACCACCAGCCCCUCGUGCAAUCACAUCCGUCACAUCGGGCAUCGAAUCAGUGGUUCUGCUUCGCCCUGAGUCACUGUUGCUCUUUGCAGGAGUGCAGUAGAAGUAACUGGAGGUCUAAAUCACUGGUGUUAAAUCAUCAGCCAUCCAGACUGGCCCCAGGCUAUUUCCUAUCAGGAGUUGCAUGCUGCUUUAUAGCACUUUGAUCCCCCAGAGAGGGUGCAGAAGUCAUAAAAGAAACAUUUGUAGGAUGUGAAGCAAGGCCACUCAUGCUGCUUUGGUGACACAAUGCCUGAAUAUCCCUGAAUGAACGUGCAUACAUAUACACACAAACACAAACAAAAGCACACACACACACAGGGCCAUCACACUUUCAUCCAUGGCCACAGGCAGUGAGUAUUAUCGACCCAAAGUGUAUGAGCACACAAUUAAGCAGAGGAGACAGGCCGGAUAAUGGACUCAUAAACACAAAAAGCCUGCUGUGAUAAAUGCAGAUUGUGUUCGUCAUAUUUCUAUUUGUGUCUGUUGUUAUUUGGGCGUGUGCAGUGUGUGUGUGUGUGUGUGUGUGUGUGUGUGUGUACAGGUUUGUAUGUGCAUGAAGCUGUUCAGCUGCAUGUGGUAUUCCCACCAGUAGUUUCUACAUGUCAUUGCUUUACCCUUUAAGUCUGCUUUAUCUGUUUUUCUUAACCGUUUCAAUCCUGGCUGAAAACACUGCAGUGGUCAACAAGGGAAACAUCCAAAACAUUUUCAUAAGUAGGAUGGCCAGGAGGCAAAAUCAGAAACCUGUUGCUUUAAUAGCACAUUCAAAACAGCUUUGAAAACGGGAAAAAAAACGCUGUAAACAUGCUAUAAAUACUUAAAAGUAGUGCUAAUAGAAGUGAUGUCAAAAACACACAAACCUAGAAACCACUUUUGUGAAAUAUUUUCCCCAAAAAAAUCCAAUUCCAUUGUCCACAGUGCUCCCAGAGCCCCAGAGCACACCUGUGGUGAUAACUUGAUAUGCAGAGGUUUUCUGUGUAGGUGUAAACAGGGCUGCAAGAUUUUAAAGAAACAACUAAUGUCUGUCUGUCUGGUAAAUAGUUAAAUAUAAUGAGAUGCUUUCAAGUUUAACCCCCCUCCCACUCAUCCUACACUUCAUUCAGCCAUCUGACACUUUGACACCUGCAGUGAGAAGCAGAGACACAUAAGGAGAGAGUACAGAUGGAGCGACACGUCACUACAUUAACUGUAUGGAUAAACCAUAGACUGUAUAUGCUGUGGACAACUUGGUUCUGCCUUCCGCCAGUAUAUGGAUUUGAAGCCAAAAAGUUCUCGGUAAUUACGGGUUUUUUCUCCACUGUUUAAAACCAACAUUGCGCUGUAGCAUUGUACGCAUUCAGCAGGAGAGUCGCCGAGAGUUGCUGUGAUGACGCUCGGCUCAAACAGCGUAUCGCUGGGUGAGUUACGCAAUCUUCGUACACCCAUAGGCUGUAUCAAGUGUCAAUCAUAGAAAACAUGAACCUCCUUAUAACUUUUAAAACGGAGCUGUACAGAAAAAAAGAGGACUUGAACACAAACCUUUUUGACAGUAACUACAUUUCACUGUCACAACCAGGGGGGAGAAAAAUGUAAACUCUGUGUGAUUAAUUUCUAAAGUUUGUCCACAGCUCCAUAGGGAUUGCUAGAGGAGGCAGGAUUUAUGACCUAUACUGCAGCCCGUCACCAGAGGGUGCUGUUGUCACGGUGGUUUUACCUAGCGAGGAGGCAGACGGUGUCCAUUCUAUACACAGCCUAUGGGAUAAACAAUAUAGAAUUAACUUACAUGUAUCCAUAUACUUACGUCCAUGCGUCACAAGCCCUGAAAUAGCCUCUCACAAAAUUUCACAAAUACUCACCAUCCUCUUCUAUACAUGACUGACAUGUCACUAUAAUGCACGAGUACUGCAGGUGUAAAGUGUAAAAAUAAACACUACGCUGUCCCUUCAGUCAAGCAGUCUGCAGUCAAGUGUGCCCACAGUGUUAACUAACGGGACUGUCUUAAAAUCCAUCUUACAUCUUCCAUGUAUGUGAUAAUAAAGCAUGCAUAUGACUGACAAUGCACGUCCUGCAAUGUGACAAUGACUAGUGCAUACCACAGUUGCAAUGUUGAAACAAUUCAUCAUGCAGCCCCAGUUGAUCACUGACUUUGCAUGUUAAUGAUUUUUUUGUCAUUUUGCGGCAUUUUUUUGUCAUUUACAAACCAUUUCAAAUUCCUUUUUGUCAGAGACUUAUUUGGAGCUUUUGAAUUUUGAAUCCAUUCUCAUUUUUUUCAGUUUCAGCUCAUUAUCUCCUUUUGUUGUGCAGCAUGUUGUACCUGUUAAUGGGGAUGAAAUGACUCUCUUUCAUCUUUUGUCUGUGGAUGUGUGAUUGUGUGUGUAUGCACACAAGUGUGUUUCAUCUCCCAAAAGUUGCUCUGUUUCAUCUCUCACCCACUCCCCUCUCAGUCACAUCCUUACACUCAUCAUGUUUCUCUACCGUGGCCCGACUGCAAAGCAUUUGGCACAGCAUUUCCUCAGGCAGCUACGCGCACAUCUGCCUGUGCCAGAGUGUGUCAUUGAAGCCAAAAUUGGCAAGCAGCAUUUUCAGCAAAGAAAUGACUGUAAACUGAGAGAACUGUCAUUUCUGACAAACAAACAGAUCAUUUGGGUUAUUCACUUAAUUUAUUCCAUGAAUAAACCUUGACUUUAAGAACUGCAGCAACAUUUGUGAGGCAGCGUGUAAGAGACUAAAGUAAUGAUGCAAAUUUUCAAAAUAAGUUAGCGGUGUCAUUAGAAAAGCUCAAAAAGAAAAGAGAUAAACACUGAGCUAAAAUCCUUAGAUAAAUCUUAUGAUGCAAAUUACAGUAAUAGUGACUGUUGUCGUCUCAUUCUGAAUUUGCUCAUAAAAUAUUUGCAGCUCAUUUUGUCUUUUCCCUUGUUGAUUAUCUGACAGUUUAAACAGUAACAGACUGAAAAAAAGGAGUUAAAAAUCUCAUGUUUUGACAGUUUGAGGACAGAGUUUUGUCACCUACUGACCUCACCGGAGGAGGAACAAAGAAAAGAUGUGAGACAAACUCAAACUGAACUAAUUUCAAUAAAGAGAUGAGACUAAAAUCACCAGGAGGGUUUUUAAAAGGAUGGUAAUCACAAGGCUGUUGAUGAUACUGAAAUUGAACCCAACAAACUCAAGUAAAAGGUGCUGAGGGGAAUGUGUAAUACUAAUUUGCAAUCAUAUCCAUGUAUUGGCCCUGAGAUAGACGUCCACUGGGAGGGAGUGUUUAAAGCCCUUAAAAUCUGAUUUAGUCUUAAUAUGCAGCAAUGUCUUAAGUGGCUCUCCGAGGAGUAAUACCAGGAAACUUUAGGAGGGAAAUUACCUCUGUUUGUUAAAAGCAACUGCUCAGUGAGUUAAAAUGAAGUGGAUUAAACCUCUAUUUCUCAUCAAAUUAUCAAACUAAAGAGUGGUAUGAAAUAGAAUAAAUGACAUUAAAGGUCAGAAAAAAAUUACAAUGUACAUAAAAUGAGAUUCUGUGAUAAACAAAUCAAUGCAUUUCAUUCCCCUUAUUAGGGAGUAGACAAUGUGUGUGCACACAUUCCCUCACACUACUUGCAUAAAUUACUCCCUUUUUUAUUUUUCCAUUCCUUCAUUUUCAUCAAUUUUUUUCUUUUUCUUUAAGCAUUUUUAAUGUUGAUUGUGUGUUUUUUUUCCCAAUCCUUUCACAAAUUUAAAAAAAAUGAAGAAAAUCUUGGAAAUGUGAAGGGAAACUUUAAAAAAUUGUCUACAGACAGAGUUUAAUCUUUGGUAUAUCUGAUGGACAGUUGUAUAAGAGCUUGUUUUUCAUUUCACUUUUCAAUUGUGUGUAAUGAUUAUCGCAUGUUUUCUGUUUAUGUGUCUCAGGGACUUUGCCUACGUGGCGAGAGACAAAAACACGAGAGUGCUGAAGUGCCACGUGUUCCGUUGUGAUACCCCUGCCGCAGCCAUCGCAACAAGUCUCCACGAAAUCUGCUCCAAGGUGGGUAUCAUUAUCACCACCGGCCCUGCAUGAAUGAGCUUAUCUGCGGCUCUGAAACAAGCUAUCAGACUUUAAUCAAGGGAGAUUAUGGAGGAGAAAAAAGGGAGAUGUUUCACAGCUGAGGCAGCUUUCUUCAGCUACUUUUCAAGGUUGUGACUUAGAUGCUGCUUUAACUUGUGCAGUAUGUUACAUAAAAUAAAUAGCAAUGAGGGAAAAACACAGACUUUUAUGAUCCUUUUCAUGUGAGAGUAGAGGAGGGAGAGUGAGAAAGGUUAAAGGGAUAUUCUGGAGUAAAAUUAAUUUAGGGUCAAACACACUGUAACACCAAGUUAGGCACCCCCACAAGAGAUGAAUGUUGCCGACCACUUGCUUCUUUGGUAACGACCACAGGAUAGUAAUACACAGCGGUCUGAGGAGCCAUAAACAAACCUCAACCAAAACGCCACUCUAUAGCCACAAAUAAUACUCAGAACAGCACCUAACUUCAUCAACAGUACAUAUAGGGUCCCAGCAAUAGUACUAGCCACCAAACAUCCUUUUAACUUUCCUUGAUUUCUUUAGCAAAGAGACUAAACACAACUCACCUACUCUCUUCCAACAGCUGCUUGUUUGUAGCGAGACCUCAGGCCAGUCCAUUACAGACUGCUGGGGGUUGACACAGCUCAAGGAAGAACAUUUAUGAUCAUUUCUUUAUGGAAAUGCAAUCAGUCCGAGAUGCCAAGGCAGAAGAACUACUGCAUCUGCAGUGCAAAAUGAAUAGUACAGUGAUUAUUACUUCAAGGAAAUGUUAAAGAAAUGAUUAGGUGCUGUUCUGAGCAUUAUUUGGGCUAUAGAGUGGCGUUUUGGUUGAGAUUUAUUUAUGGCCCUUUCAGACUGCUGUGUAUUGCUAUCAUGUGGUCGUUACUAAAGUUGGUAUAACAAGAGAAGCAAGUGGUCAGCAACAUUCAUCUCUCGAGGGGGGGUGUCUAACUCUGUGUUAUGGUGUGUUUGACCCUAAAUUUAUUUUUUGCCGGAAUAUCCCUUUAAGAGCUUUGCGUUUACAGUGCGCAUGUACAUGACCUCAAAGUUUUUCUUAUGGAUCAUUUUCAAUGGGGUUGUGAUUAAUUAUUUAUCUUGCGCCAGUUUCCUGCAAAUAUUAUCUCAAGGUAGUAUAUAAAAAAACUGUAAUUUAUGUUAAGUUCUUCACAAAGACCCAAUUUUAAGAUUAGAUGAGAUUUGGUCUUAUCUCAUCUAAUCUUCUAACAUUUAGCAAGUUAUGCUGAAAAACAUCUUUGAACAGGCAGAAACCUCAAACAAAACUGGACUCAUGUUAAACAGCCAUCUGCUGAGGGAGGGAGAUGUGGAUAGAAAGGGAUGGAUUAAGGCAGAGAACAUCAACAACAACCGGACUAAGAUGUGCUACAGAAGAACAUUAUUAUAAUGAUCAGUAAUCUUGCCCCUACCGAGUGACCUGCUGAUUUCAUGUCAUCGUUGAUUGCCAAGCUGUUAAGGAGACAAUCAUUUCUAUUUCAGCUAGCAUACUAAUGAAGUAGCAUGUAAACACAAUGGCCCAGUUGCAGUAGCAAAUUAAUAAUAAAUCACGUAUGAUAAAAGAAAAUAAAUAUGCAGUGAGUACAGUUAAUUCGUGUCUCGAUUUCUACAUGGGAGAUAAUGCUAUUGUUAUAACCAAUGUCCAAGAUAAUCAGAUAAUAAUAAGUCUUCCUUCAUCAGCAGCUGUCUAACAUUUUUAAUCCAUCUGUCCACACAGCUGUCACAGUCAGCAGACACUGAGUUGCUAUUGCUGCAAUGGCCACCAGUGUAUAAGUUAUUGUUUUUUUGUAAGAGAGACAGGGAGAGAGAGAGAGAGAGACUAACCAGCUCAGGGAUGAGGAACCUCUGAAUCUGCAUAUCACUUAUCCCCUGUCUACCCACAGUGAUAACCGUACGGCCAGUUGUCCUCUCCUCUUUGUUUCUUUGUGUUUCAUUAUUGGUUGAAUAAACCUUGUGUCUGGAAAAUGGGGUUUAAUUAAAAUUGCAGAGACUGAAAUGGCUGGUAGUGAUAAAAAAAGGUUUCAUUUCAAUGACUUUAUCUUGUAAGAAUCAAAUUGGAAGUCAAUAAAUUCUAACUUUGAACAGAAAUCAUUGAAUUUUAAGUGUUAAACAAAUUUAGUUGGCCUUCUGGUUCAAUGUCUAGCUAAAGGUUAAAUAGUCUGAGAACAAUCCAGUAAUGGUGCAGACUGAAAAGCUCACUGUAGGAGCCUGGAGGCCAUGAAUCCAUUAAGGCUGUCUUCUUAGUAUUGUGUGCACACAGGUAUUGUUACACUCAUUAAACUACAAUUUUUUUUUCCAUACAGGGCCCAAAGCCCUGAAUGCUCCCAUUAUCAUCCAUUCUUAUUGAACAACAUUAUCUUCUCUCUUUCUUCAUGCAUCUUGAUGGACACAAUCUCAGACUUGUCCAAAUUCAGAUACUUUCAAAUCAGCUUUUUCAAUUUACAAGUGCAGAUCAGGUUUGUUUGAGGAUAUGCCCAGCAGGUUUGUUUCAAUUUUAAAUCUGAGGUUUCUGUCAAAUUUUAGUCAACAUUCACAUCUCUAACUCUAAAGAUAUUCAGCAGGUAACAAACCUGAUUCUUUAUGGGCUCUGCUGUUUUCUUUGCUCAUUGUGACAACAUUUAUUUCUGACUCUCUUAUCAGGUCUUCACUAUUUAUCCUCUCAUUAACAUAAAUGGAACUAAUGGUACAAAACUGUGAGGUCAAACAUGAGUCUGCUGUUAUCAUCAGUAUUAGAUUCAGUUUUAAUCUUUUGACACAAAUGAAUAAAACAGUAUUGCUUUUUUUAACAGAUUGAAAUUAAAAAUGAAAUCUGACCUCAGGAAACCCAGACUAUCAGACAGAAACUUUUCUGAAUGGUUAUUUUAAAGGUUUGUAACAGUUGCUGUGGGGGUUAGCAGGCUGAAACAGAAAGUCUCUCUAUGAGCUUCAAGUUCUCUCAGUUAAGUUUCUGAGCAUUUUUAAUUCUGCGUUUGAGUUACCUCGGAAGUCAGAAGUCCGAGCAGGAAAUGACGUCACACCCGAGUUACCAGCGCAAGUCGGAAAAAACAAAAUUGGAGGCGGAAAAAAGAUGGCUACAUCUAGGAAAGUUAUUUUAGCGCUUGCCUUGUCCUGUCUUAUAUUCGUACAUGGCAAGCGCUAAAAUAACUUUUGUACAUGUAGCCAUCUUGUUUCCGCCUCCGAUUUUGUUUUUUUCCGACUUGCGCUGGUAACUCGGGUGUGACGUCAUUCCCUGCUCGGACUUCUGACUUCUGAGGUAACUCAAACGCAGCAUAAGGCUGCAGCUGUUGUCAUGCUUUCUGUGUCCAGUUACCUUGGUAACCGCUGUCAUUCUCAUCUUUAAAUUGUAAAGGUAACUUGGAAAUGAAUGCCAAUAGGGAUGCACCAAUCCGAUAUUUGAUAUCGGUAUCGGUCCCGAUACUGAAGAAAAUUCUAGAUUGGGUAUUGUGACAAUGGGCCCGAUGCAUGGGGCCAAUCUAUUCAGUCUAAUUCUAUGCUAUGCGCUGUGGGUGGUAAACACAUCGAGCAGAUGCCCACAUUGUUUUCAAAAUGGAGCGAGCAAAGAGGUUUGCUAUCUUGAACUUUAUCAUAACACCUCAGCCUGCAAGCUCGAUGACCACUUGCAUUACCUGCACCAUUACGAGGGGCAGUGGUAAAACCUCAGGUUACAACAAAAGGUAAUUCAGCGCGGCUUUUCUGUGUCAGAACUGGAUCUGUAUCGGUCAAUACUAAAAUGUAGAUAUCUGUAUCAGUAUUGGAGAUGAAAAAAGCUGAUCGGUGCAUCCCCAAAAGCCAAAACUGAAUUUAUAUGAUGAUAACAAAGUUUUAUUAAGGUUUAAUCUGGAGGAAUAUUUCUGGAGUUUCAUAUUUCCUCUGCAUAGACUGAAAACAGAUAAUUCUGUAAAUGAUGUUCUCAUCUGCAGCACUCAAGAUUGUUACACUAGCAUGCUUCUUAAUAAAUGUGAGUGUGCUGUCCUGCAUUUUUCCUGGUUUCUCCCUGGUGUAUUGAUGCAGCAUUUUUCCCAGUGGGCUGUGGGAGAUUUCAGUCCAUGAAUCUGUUCCUCUUAAGAACCAAUAACAUCAUAAUAUAUUUAUGGAACAGACAGAACUGUACUGAGUGAUAGAUGCUUCUUAUUAAUGGAAGUGCAAAUGAUUAAACAGCCAAGUCUUCUGCUUCUGAGCAGCAGAAAUUGUUUCACCAGUCUGGAGUUACCAGAGUUAGUCUGUCAGGGAUUUCUCUUUCUGCAUUGAAUAGUGUCAUGUAUAUGAAAACUUCAUUAGCAACAUUAGCAACAUAGAAACCAAUGCAAUUUCAACUGUAGAUAAAUCUAAUGAAUGUUUUUUUGCUGCAAGCCACUGCAAACUUCUUCAAAGUUAUUGCAAUUCAUAAACAAACUAGAAAAACUCUUGAAACAUACACCCUCCUGCGCACACACACACAAAUAUACACACACAGCCCUGAGAGCAGUUUGUCCUUAGGUCAGCAGUGACCUUGUAAGGGAUAAAUUCACCUGAAACAACAGAACUUCUCCCUGAGAGGGACACUGACCCAUUUAGAGAAGAGUUUUUUCUGUUCAUUUCCUAAUCCUACCCCUGACUGGAGGGAGGAUAUGCAUCUGUAUGUAUAUGCAAUCACAAUUAUUCACACUGCUUUUGUUAUAUAUACACUGGUUAAAUUUUGUUUUUUUACUGCAGCAGAGGAACUUAGUGACCUGAGUGUUGCAGCUGCGCAGCAUGCUGAGCUUGCCGACCAUUUCUUUGUGUGUCUGUGUGCGUGUGUGAGAGUGUGAGCAUAUAUCGUAUGUUCCCUUGUGAGUAGAAAUGCAGACUCACCUCAAGAUUUGAUUAAUGACACCUACAAUUAAUCAAGUAUCUGUAGCAGGAAAGUGCAGCAGCUCAGUGCAGGGGCCAUGCAGACUUUUGGAGAGAGAGAUUGUGCACUGCAGCAGAAGAAACGAGAAUUAAAGCCUCAUUUAAGGCAGUAAAAUUUAGAGGUAUUAUUUCAAAAGGGAAACGUUAGCAAAUUUUUUCUCAUUGUCAAGAAAUCCUGUGAAAUACCACAAGCAACUUUAAGUAUUACCUAUGUAGCUGGAGCCUGAUACAACCUAUUCCUCAGUGACACAAAGCCCCAGAUUUAUCCGGUGAAUAUUAAAAACACAGCCUCACCAACUUCACGCUGCCCUGCUGCUUUAUAGCACAUUUUUAAUGCACACUUGCACCCUACUGCUAGAAGAAAUACCCAAGAAAUAUUUGCUUAAAACUAAAAUACAGCACAUUUAUUAUUUAGAAAAAAUAAACCGUCAAAAAUGAAGGCAUAUUUUUCUGACCCCGUUCGAGAGAUUUACAUCCUAAUUACAAAGAAAUGGGUCAGAGCUGAAGGAGGGUGGAGGAACGUACAGGGAAGCAGACAAUGUUGGUUUGGUGUUAUGCUUGUUUUUCUCGUUUUUCUCGUUCUCUUUGUACCUACAUUUUCUAAUAGCUUUCCCUCUCUCCAAUUCGUCCUGUUUCUUUCUACCCUCCCCUCUCUCUAUUUCCCCUUAUGGUCUAGAUUAUGGCUGAGAGGAAAAGUGCCAAGGCUGCAGCUGGCAGCUCCUCCCAGACAGGCUCAGAUGUACCCCUACAAGGUAUACACAAUGCACACACACAUACACACACAAAAUUUCGUCUUUGAUUUUUCUUUUGUAGUUUUCCCACCAGAGAAUUGGAUGUGUCAGCACUGAGCUGUCUUCUCCACUGUGAUUUCUCGUCCCACAUUACACAUUUUCUCAUCCAAAACCAUGUAUAUGUUUUCUUUUUUACUGACCUUAUCACCUCGGGGGGGUGACUGUGACCAAUCCUGAACAGAAAAGAUAGCAGUGUUUGGUUCAUUCACUCUCUGAUAACACUGACUCCAGAAUGACUUCCUGCUCCACAAUCUCUGCUCCCAUUGCUAAUUCUAUUCACUGUUUCCUAUUUCGUUAAAUCCCACUGCUUGUUCCUCUCAGUCCCAAGUAAUUAUGUGAGAGAGAGAAAAAAACACACCAGCACAAUUCGUCCUGCACUGUAACUUCAGCUGGUGUGUGUAUCUGCUGAGUGAGGGGGAUAGGAGCGCCGACAUCGGAAUAUAAAAGAACUACAUUGGCUCUUUACUUACAGAGGCAGCUGACCUCAUUAAAACCCGAUUAGUGUUUCUUUGAGGCGAGGCCUGGUGCUCUACGGUACUCAUCCCAACCCAAGGAUCAAAGAAUCUACUGGAAUCAUAUCUUUCAGAGCAGGUUUGAACUCAGAGUAUUUUAACAGGAAAGAAAGUGUGUUAAUUGAGUCCAUCCACUCACAGCAAAACCAAUGGAUGGAAAGGAGUCCUUGGCCCAAUCCCAAACCGAUCCCUACACACUCGCCCUUCACUAUUGAGUGUCACUAGUACCGAAGUCACACAGCUGUGGAGUGCGCCUCAAUUGAAAUCGGAGGGUUUAAACAAGACAGGCAGGUAUGGGACACCCUCCUCACUCCACCGGAAAAUGGAAAGAUUCAUCACCAUAGCAACAUAAAGACGCGUCCUGUACAUGACAGCGUUUCUUUUUUUAGUAAACGGGUAUCAUGUACAGGUCUGAGCCGCACCGGCUGUCUCGUUUUUUAUUGUCUCAGUGAAAUCAUAAAUUCAGUAACCAUUACAGUGACAGGAGCUGAAUUGUACUUCUGAUUAUUAGUGAUUCCACACGUCUUUGAACCCCUUUACCAUUAGACGUGCCUACACUAUCAAAUCAAAUGUCUGCACACAAUAAGAUUUCCGAGUUUCGUUUACACUCUCCAAACCACGUCUUUUGUUUUAUUUAUUUAUUUAUUUUUAUUUAUUUUUUUGUCAGUGAGACAAAGGUGGACACAUACGGAACUUAUAUAUGUAUGUUGUUUCCUUGUCCUCCAUUUUUGCCGAUGCACUACCUGCAUAUCCCACCAUGAGUGUGCACCAGUGUGAGUGUGUAGGGGGCAGUUUGGGAUUGGGCCCGUGUUCUAGUCUAGAUGAGAUCUUUUCAGGGCACCUCUGACCGCACUGUUUUGUGUUUGGACACAUUUAAAGAGAUUAGUGCCAAAUGAUUUGGGAUUGGGAUGAGCGCCAAUACCUGGAUAAUGGUCCUGCUGUGCUCACUGGAUCUGGACUGUCUGAGCUCUGCUGUAAAUAUAGAAUUAUUAAUGAUGUGGGGAUGGCUUAGGUCAUGACUCACCCAACCAGUUUUCAGAGCUUUAGCAGCCAAUGCCAACACUGUGAGAUAUACCAGGGAUGGUUUUUCAUUGGAGCACACUGAUGAGGUGAAUCCAGGCAAAAGCAAUUACCCCUGAUUGAUUCCCCCCAUUGAGUCCAUACUGAUCACAUGGAGAUGAGCCAAAGAUGAAUUGUUAAUCUUUGGAAUUCAGUAAUUAAGGUGUGGAUGAAGCAAAGUGGGCAUUAAAUCCAACAUGAGGAAGAUUUCGUGCUGUAAAUGGGCUGGUUUAUCACAAUUUUUAUUUCAACUUCAAAUGACCCGACCUGCCCUCAUGUAGUUUAAUGUCUUACCUUGCUGGAGUGACCAGUGGGAAAACUACUUUGGUUCUCAACUUGGGGGUGAGGACCCAAAUUAGGUCUCAGAGCCAUUUUCGACAGGACACAGAAAAUGUGCUUGAAUAUAAAAUCUUUGCUUUGUAUCGAUUUUGAAAAACGUGCGUUUUCAGGUGUCACAAAGCACCAACUCCAUCAUGUUUACUGAUUUAUCUUGCAUCAUGAUACAUAACUCCAGUUUAUGAGGUGUUUGAUCCAGUGUGCCUUCAAAAGGACAAAUAAUUAACCAGUGCCUACUUCAGUGUUGAACAACUGUUUACUGUUACCAAGGAAGAGCAAAAAUAAACAAGAUUAUGGAGAGGAGUUGUUAUUCUAUCCAUGUAAAACCAUUAUCUGUGUAAUUUGAUAUAGGGUAUAGAGUGCCCUGCCCAUGAAAAUAAGAUAUACUCAUACUUUAGGCAAUAUCAGAAUAGAGAUUAAAAGAUAGAGAUGGAGCGAUAGAGAUGGACCAUAAUGACCUUUCAGUUCUGCCUCCUCAAGCAAACACAGCCAGGAUGUGGUCAGAGGUGUAAAAAGUGUUUCACUUUCCACCAGAGGAGCAUCAGCAUAUUGCUUUCAGUCUGCUUUGACAGUCUCAAUAUGUAAAAUAAUCACUUCAAAAUGAUCAUAAUUUGAUGAAAUUGUAUCUCCUGUGGCACAGUGUCUUUUUAUGAGUGAAUGAGAAGAUAUGAGAUUCUAUAAAGUCAUAAACUUUUAUCAAAUCUUGUGAGUUUUUGAACCACUCUUGCCUUUCACCUUGUUCGAAAUGCUCUCUAGCGUAUGCACUUAAUUGCACGGUGUGAUGAUAGAAAGCUCCUGCGGGUAAAGGAUGUCAACUUCUUUGCUGAUUGAAAUGCAGGUGAAAUAACUUCUUUGAUCAUCCUCAUUCACCGAAGCAGGAAGAGGAAUAGCUGAUGUUCAUGUUUUCAUGCAUAGAGCUCUGAAAUCCUGCAAACUUGAGCGUGUGAAAACAUUUUUCGUACCCUAACCAUGUCAACAACAUCUUGAAAUAUUAAAAUAUUCACCAGGGUUUGUUUAUUUCUCUACUCUCAAACUCAAACCAAUUAUCAUGUGUGGACUCCUCUUUUUGGAGUUUUUGGUUAGAUGUUGUUGUGUGAUCAAAUUCCCUGUAGGCAAACUGUGUGUAUCCCCGAGUUUCAACUUGUGUGUGUUUUCUCUGCAGAGUUUCCCAUGCCAAAGACUGAGCUGGUGCAGAAGUUUCAUGUUCUGUAUCUGGGUAUGACAUCUGUGUCUCGCCCCAUCGGUAAAUCUGAACUACUCCUGAGAACUACACAUGAAUCCUAACACAUCCUGAUUUCCAUAAUAGAGUUUUUGUCCUAAUGAUCAGAUAAUCCUCUGCUUUGCACCUUAGGCAUGGACAUUAUAAAUGGGGCCAUAGACAACCUCGUGACCUCCACAGGCAAAGAGGACUGGACCCCUGUCAUAUUGAGUAUAGCUGACACCACUCUGGCUGUCAUCAAAGAAAAGGUAAGGAACUUUAUGUUUCUGUGCAGCAGAGUAACCGAUGCAGGAGAUGUGAAUGUGCUUGUAAUUAAGAGAGAAAGAUCCAGUUGAGCAGUUAAACUCACAUCUGAUUCUCCUCCUGGCUCUCUGUGCAGGAGGAGGACGAGGAGGUGUUGGUGGAGUGUCGUGUCCGUUUCUUAUCCUUCAUGGGCGUGGGACGGGAUGUGCACACAUUUGCCUUCAUUAUGGACACUGGCAGCCAGCAUUUCCAGUGUCAUAUUUUCUGGUGCGACCCAAACGCAGGCAGUGUGUCUGAGGCUGUGCAGGCAGCAUGUGUGGUAAGUUCACGAUUAAGCCUCUAUUACAACAGAAUGAAUAUAUGUAUUUGUUGUUGUAUCGUGUAUGUUGUCUGUAGCGAAUAUUCAAAUUAUCUCUUCAUUUUGGCAACCUUUUCGCUUUGUUAAAGGUGGGGUAGGCAGGAUCUGAGGAAGUGCCAGUAUUUUGGGAGAAAUCUUGAAUGUAAACACUACCCCUCCCAAACAGUUUUCCCCUCAGCUCCUCAGGACCCGAGGUAAACAGAUUGGUGACGCUACAACACGCAGCAGGUCCCGUUUGACAAGAAACACUUCUGUUACAGACCCUUGGAUUACUUUGUUAAAGCGGUUUACCUGUCCAGCAGAAAGGUUACAGGGCCCAUAAGAUCCCAAAGCGUCCCCCAUCAUUUACGCUGAUGUUGACACGGCUUCUUAGCUCUUGUCCGGUCUACCUCCUUUUUAAGCGCCCGUUUUUCCGCCAGAGUCUCCAGUAUUUACUUCAUUUUCUUGCUUGUGUCGGCAGUCAUGGCCAAAUCAGGAUUCAGACAAUUUUCUGUACUUUCUGGUUGGUUUCUACUGUCCGAUAUUGGAGCACGCUAACUUUGUUUGGGCUCGUGGACAACACGGGGGAGCAGCGUCUGCCUCACAACCAAUCAGGUUGGGGGAGGCAAAGAAUGGCUUUGUUUAGAGUCAGAAAGAGCGGGCCGCUCAAAAAAUUUAAAAUGUUGACUACACAGACAUAAGAGAACUCAGCGUUAUCGUUAUAUUACCAAAUGUGAUCAAUAACUAAUAGCUAUUGACUGAUAUUAAAAGAUUUUUUGUUUAUACACCACAAAAAAAGAUGCUUCUUUAACAGAAUCCUGCCUACCCCACCUUUAACCCUGCUUAGAGUCAUGACUAUAACUGUAAGUAUUUAUGUGCAUCAGAACCUGAACUGUCUCGAGUUACUCCAGUCAGUGACCACCUUCUGUCCUUCUCUAGCUGCGGUACCAGAAGUGUCUGGUGGCACGGCCACCCUCCCAGCGUGCUGGCUCCUCGUCCUCACCCUCUGCAGACUCAGUGACUCGCCGGGUGACCACCAGCGUGAAACGUGGCGUUCAGUCUCUCAUAGACACUCUGAAAACCAAGAAACAGCCGUCUGAACUCCCCCAGCAAUGACCGUCACCAGUGACCACAGCAACACCAGGCUAAUGCCUGAACCACUCCCACACAGUCACAACAACACAAUAGCAGUACCAGCCAUGGUAACCAAUGAUGUUCAUAUAUAUUAACAAACACCACUACAGAGGAGGAAAAGGGAAGCAGUCAUCCACUUUUCCAGAUGAUAAAAUAUUGAGAAAGCUGUGUAAUGAGGAGGAUUGGAAAUGGCUGCGUCACUGUCUGACCUUUGAAUGCUGCUUGCUUCUGAUGGGAUGUGAAUUUCUUAGGUGGAUGGAUUACUCAAAGGGUUAAAGUUUCUAGUAACAGACUGGUUACUCAGUUCAUUUCAUGCUCUGUUCUCCUCUGUAAACGUAGUCAUCAGCACAUUAAGAGCUCUUGGACUGGAUGCCUGAGACGCCAAGCCAAGGGAGCCUUCAAGGACAGAAAAGGUUUUGUCUGUCAUGAAACUUUGACAGGUGAAGAAGAAACAGGCAAAACCUGUCAUCCCACCAAAAGGCAUCAUUAAAACUGACUGAUCCCUUCCCAGUGUGUGUGACAGAUCUGAAACAGACAAAAUCUCCUCUGAGGAUGAAUGACAGGAUUUUAAUAAUGAAUUGUAUGUAAAUGAUUGUACGUAGGAAGAGAGAAUUAAGGGCACAAUACUUGUAAAUAUGAGGGGAAGAUCAGGUGUUGGUGACAGAAAAUGGGACAGAUGUGGGCUCUGAUUUUGCAUGUUUUCUUGAAGGGAUAUUUUUGUCUUUUGGGUGAGUUGAAAAAGUUUUGAAGGGGGAGGGGAACAGGUGAAAAUACAAGAAAUAGAUGCUGUCAGCACAAGUCAUCUUCUCUUGACCAUAACUGGAUUUACAUCUGCACAAACAAUCUGGCUGAAUUCUAACCUACUCUUACAUAAAAAAAAGGUUUCUCUGUGCAUUACAGAGUGAAGGAAAAUGAAUUAAUCAAAAACUUUUACUUGACAUUCCUGGAUUGGAUGAGAUCAGCAAAGAAAUGUUGCAGCAUUUUAUGUAUUUGAAGCUUUAAAUUAAAGAUUGUAAUUGUUUUGCAUACAUGCUUCAAAAGCAGAAUUAUGAAGCUUAUGAAUGUCACAUUGCCUCUGUUCAAACUUUUCAAUUUCCUCAGGAAUCUUUUUUGCACACACUCAAGGUUUAUGUAGUAGCAAGAGAAUCCAGAUCCAGGCUUUGACUAUAACAGAUGAGAAGCGCUUGGGGCUAUAUAAAUAGUGGUAUACAGCAGUGUUUGCCUUGCUUGACAGCAUGGGAGAGACAGAAUCAGUGCCAGACCGUUAGGGUUCACAAUAAUUUCUCUUCUUUAGUAAAUCCAGCCCGACUACUCCCACUCACAAACAAGUUAUACACGCAAACACACACACACACAAAUACACACAUAGAGCAGUAAAAGUUUCCUGUCACUGCUAUCAAAACCUCUACACUGCUCUUAUGGCUCGAGGCCAUCACCUGCACUCGACAUGAACUCAGUGAAUAUAGUCCGAUCUGAAUGAAAGAGAUGCACACACAAAACAAACAAGAGAGAUGCUGUAAAACAUUUCAGUUCUGUUCUUCACUCAUCUCUUCACCGUGUAAAUGUAACCUGAUGUGUCAAUAAAUGCAUUACAAAAGGAAAAA